GUCAGGCUGUAAGUGAGCUGUCUGUAUACUCUGCUCCACCCCCAUUCCCAUCAUGUUGCAAGCAUUCACCCUGUGCUGCACUCUGUAGUCCUCUCCCCGUCUCCUCUUCCUUGCAUUUUACUUGCACGCCCCGUUAUGUGUGUCUCUCCCCCUGGUGAAUGCUGAUUGCCUGUGCUGACGCUCAAGAGAUGAAACCUGCAUCAUAGAAAACAGACUCAUUUUCAGUACUUGCCACAGCUUACUACAAAUGCUGCUCUUGCAGCAGGAGGAAGAGGGGAGGAUUUUUACAUCGAUUGAUUCCAGACCCCAUAUCUCAUCCUGUACUUCCCCACCUCUACCAGUAGAUAUUUGCUCGCAGCUAAAGGAGAAUUGGGUUUGUUUAGCUUUAGAAUAUCUCGUGUACAGAGGACAUACAUGGUACCUGGAGAGAAAUUCUCAAAUAGAGAGCUGAAGUUACCCCCAAAUGUCUACCUGCUUUGCUGAUCCCUUUAAAAAUGAGAUGCAAAUCAUUCUAAAACUAACAUAAACAAACAUUCCAAUUCACAUCAGUCAUCUGUGCUAAAUGAUUCCACAUGAGGGAUGAGCCUUGCCCCAUUCUUCUUGGCUACGGUAAGUACUUGGAUAUUAUGCUAAUUUAGCACAUUCCCUUUCUGUGCUACUAGGUGAGCGCUGAGCACAAACUGCACAACAUGAGCCUCGUUAUAAAGUGGAGUAAUUACUUUACAGUUAUUUGGAAGUUCAGAAAUAUUUAUUUCCUGCUUUUCUGUUUAUUAAAAAAAAAAAAAUUAAAAAAAUAUUCAGCAUAGACUCCCCCUACUGGCUAUUUAGAAUUGUAUUUUUUUUUUUUUAGAUGUCCUUUUCAUUUACUGUAUCUCACUUUGUCAUUUAAUUAUUUCAUUUUUACUGCUAGAUCAUUUUGGUAUAAUAUGAAUAAAUACUAUUAAUAAUGUUAUCGUACAUAUAAAGUCACCUGCUAAUAGUAAGUAGGGUGUGCAUGGCUAACCGGUAUAUUUGUCCAAAAUCGUAUAUGCAAACACAUGUUUAAAAUUGCACAAGGUUUAAGAUGCAUGUCCCUUUAACUUGUUAUACAUUAUUAGGUGAAAUGGAUCAUUGCAGAUGAUUACAGUUUUGCAGAUUAAAAAAAGUGAUGACAAUGGUUCAUGGAAAAACAACAUUUAUGCUAUGUCUGCUUAUAUAUAUAUAUCUGCACAAACAGCCCAGUACUAUGAGUACAUAGUUAGUGCCUUAAAUAGUAAAUUUGCAAUAUAUGUAAAAUUCUAAAGCUGUUUACACUCAAUAUUCCAAUGUAACUUUUUGUUAUGACUUUGUAAAACACUGUCAGAGUAUGAAUACAUAUAUUCUUAAAGUAACAAUGUAUUUGUAACGUUAAAAAAAAGAUUGUAACUAUUUGAAAAUGUUUGUUCAGAAUUGUUAGUGCAGUUCCUAAUAAAUUAUUAUUAUUAUUAUUUAUUUUGUAUAAAUCGUAUCAAAUAUUUGAAUCUCAUUGGUUAUGCUACACCAUUUAUAAUUUGGAUAAAAAUUACAGAUUAUCUCUGUGAAUAUAUAUAACUUGUGUGUGUAUAUAAAUAGCUACAGAAUUUGCUGGCGCUAUAUAAAUAAUAAGAUAAUAAUAAUAAUAAUAAUAAUAAUAACAACAUUGUGGCAUGCAAUGGCUGCAUUUAAUGCAGUGCUCUGCUUUGAAGAUAAUGUUAUUCCUGGAAAAUGAUGUAGAGUGAGUUGGCAUAGAAUGAGUUAACAUACAUUUGCUGUGUUUGAAUGGAAUGGUUAAAAUAUUCUAGUUUGCUUCAGCUCUGAAAAAACCCUGCAAUUGUUCCUUUCUGUUUUGAACAUCACCUCUAUAAGUGCAAAAUAGGCUGCAAAAUAAACAGAAUUGUCUGAUUUAGUUCAACAAGCAUGAAACAUCCGGUGUCUGACUUUUACAAGCAGCAUUACAAUUUACAGAAAAUUGUAAGAGUAAAAAAAUGUAACAAAAAAAUCUUUUUUUGAUGAUUGCUAUAAGAAUGACACAGAAUUAACAUACAUUGAGACGCAAUUAAGAUUAAUGCAAUAAUGACAUCUGAUAUGAAGAAUAAACUGCGCUACUUUGCAUUCUGUUCAUGCGCAUUGUAUCUCCUGUACCAAAACUGCUUUUUAACAAAAAUAAAUCCUCUGGGAAAAAAUUACUUCUGUGAAAUUGGAGAAAUCAUUUGAAACAAGAUAUUGUGAAUUUCUGUUAUGCCACAGAAAGUCAUCCUCCUCAGCAUCUAUGAUGUGCCACACAAUUUGUUCAGAUGAGCACUUUUUAUAUACAUAAAAAAUUACGAACCAUAAAAUUAGAAAUGUAACUUUAAAAAUACUUUAAAAGAAUGUUGGAGUAAUUAAAUUGGAUAACAAUUACACUGAUGUGCUUCUUUUAACUUUAGUAUUGCAGGGGGAUCGUAAUUCUAUGUUCCACACUUUUCGUAAUAGUUAUGGUCAUAAGAAUGACCAGAAAUACUACAGAAUGUCUGUAGGCAGCAUUUACUAUGGCCUGGACUGAUGUCCAGUGACUUAUAUAUUUUAUUCUUCAACAAAGAUUAACAGGGUUUAUUAUAAAACAAUUGUAUAGGAUGGACAAAAUCUGGUGAAAAUUGAUGAAUUUGUCUGUUCAAAUCCAUCUCUGCUAACAUGUGUUACCUAUCGGCCCCCUGGUUCCCUUCGUCUGUUCCUUGAUCAUUUCUCUGCUUAGCUUCCCUACUUCCUUUCAAGUAAUAUCCCUUCCCUAAUUCUCAGGUAUUUCAACAUUCCCAUUAACCCACCCUUGACCUCAGCUUCCAAACUCCUUUCUAUUACCUCCUCUCUUGGCCUAUUACAGUGGGCUAAUGAUUCCCACACAUGUAGCUGGCAAUACCCUCAAUCUUAUUUUUUCUAAUGCAUGCACUAUCUCUAAGUUUCACAACACUCCAUUUCCUCUCUCAGAUCACCACCUCUUAUUUGUUCUUGAGAGCCCCCUCCCCCAACAUCCGCAGCCUAACCCCCCUCAACUCAGAAGGAACCUGAAUUCUAUUGACUUCCAGCAACUCUCAGCCAAUGUCCAUUACAAACUCUCAUCCAUCCCUACCAUCUCAUGUCCCUCUCUGGCUAUCUCUUCAUAUAAUGCUACCCUCACCACUGCCCUGAAAUCUGCAGCCGCGCUCCAAACAUGCACCUCAAGGAAGACUCACCUCAAAUCAUGGCACAGUAAGUCGACUCGCUACCUGCAGAGAUGCUCUUAUUCAACUGAAUGAUGCUGAAGGAAGUCCUGCACAUUGUCAGACUUCCUCCAUUAUAUAUUCAUAUGUGUUCGUUCAUACAACACAGCCCUUACCCUUGCUAAACAAUCCUACUUUUUCUCUCUCGCUAGUUCAUACUCACGCAAUCCCAGGCAUCUCUUUAAUACCUUCAAAUAUCUUCUUCGCCCACCUCAAGCCACUCCACAAACAAACCUUUCAGCUGAUAGCCUUGCAUGCUACUUUACUGACAAGAUUGAACAGCUAAGGAAAGAAUUCUCUAUCCUUUUGCUCUUCUUUCUCACAACCACACCUAGACCCUACCUCCCCUACCCUUCAGGCCUCCCCAGCUACAGAACAGAAGGUUGCUGCGCUUCUCCUCCCCUCUCGUCCCACCACCUGCCUGCUAGAUCACGUACCUUCCUACCUCAUCAGAUCUCUCUCCCCUUGUCUUGUACCAUCCUUAACACACAUCCUCAAUUGCUCUCUUUUAUCUGGUGUUGUUCUUGCUCCCCUUAAGCAUGCAACUCGGGUAGCCAUUUUAAAAAAUCCAUCCCUAGACCCAUCUUCCCAUUCCAACUGUCGGCCCAUAUCACUGAUUCCUUUUUCCUCAAAUAUUCUUAAAAAAAAAAAAAUCUCUCUAAAACUGAGCUUCUUAUUUUUCCUCCUCGUUCACUUUCCCUGCAAGUUGAUGGUACUUACAUCAGUCCGUCCUUGUAAGCUCGUUGCCUUGGUGAUAUCUUUGAUCCUGGCCUCACCUUUGCACCUCUUAUCCAGUAUUUUUUAAGGUGUCAAUUCUACCUUAAAAACAUUGCCUGCAUCCACCCCUUUCUUACGCAAGAUGCUGCCAGGAGCUUGUUCAUGCUCUGGUAAUCUCUUGCAUUACUGUAGUUCUCUCAUAGUUGGUGGCAAACUCCCCUUUUGUACUAUGGACCCUGUAGAAAAUAAUGUAAAAGUCUCUGUUCGUGCAAUUGGGAUUAUAGGGAACAGAGACCACCCUGGAGUUUGUUAACACCUAUUAACAACUUGGAAUGUUUCUCACUGUAGUGUUCUAAUUGUUCAUUUGGGUGACCGCACUUCCUAUAAGCAACCACGAGGUGACGGCCAUCUUGUUCGCAUGAACGCAGGCAGUGGUGUUUGGGCAUGAAUUUCCUGGAACUAAAAUCGGCUACGGAAACUCCCGAACACCGCUGGACUUCCAUUCUCGCCUGUGUUCGGUUUUAUACAAGUUAGAAGAGCACUGUUCAGUGGAAUCAUUUGUCUGGAAGAAGAGAACAAGCUCCAGGGUAAGACUAUUGCCUCUGUUCGUUAGUUUGUUCGUUUUCAAACUACCAAACUAGACCAACUGCAAGCCCUGAUUCUCUGGAACUGUUUUGGGCAUGGGGCCAUGCUUGCGGUCGGUCAAAUAAAUGACUUCCAUGGAAUUUCUAAACCCAUGAACUGAUCUGAGUGAUUUUUGGAUAUGUUGGUCACCCAGAUUCAUGGGGUUUUAUGUGUUUUUUAAGGUACUUUUUUGAGGUUUCAUAAAAUUAUGUUUUUCUGUGCUUGGAGAUAAUUGGGUUAGAUUAGUUCAGUUCCUGAUUCAAUUAUCUCCCAAGCACAGAGGAGGGAUUCUAUUGUUUGUGUAUGGGCGUGUCUCACUGUAAGUCUCUGUUUUUAUUGGUUUAUUCACUUUGUGUCCCUGUGCCCAACAAAGUCCACGUGGCGGUCACCCUUGUUGGGAAACCUGCUUAAAAGGCCAGUGUGCCUCCAUUAAAAUUCUAUUCCAACCUACACUCCAAAACUGUGUUAUCCUGUUAUUGGAGGGAAAGAAGAUUUACUCCUGUGUCUGCUGUUCCAGCUUGCAGGGAAUUCAAUGGGGAAAGUCCUUGUAAGGAUUAGAGUUAAUUCCCCACUCGGCUCCAGAAAGGAGCGGUUCCAGGGCCCCAGUCAAGCCACGGCGACUGUGGGCAGAAGUGCUGGUGUUUGUCCCCUGUUCCAGCAAGGAAGCGGUCCUUGGCGGAGGUACCCAGCCGGUGUUACAGGGAGCUCCCUAGUAGCCAAACAGCCCCGCUAAAAUCUGUAAUGAAUGGUGCCACCAGGCUGAUCUUUCUCAUCUGUCGUUCCUCCCAUACCUUGCCCCUCUGUUGAUCCUUACGCUGACUUCCUGUAUCCUGUAGGUAUCAAUUCAAAAUACUAACGCUUACCUAUAAAGCUUUAAACAACUCUAGCCCCUGUUACACUUCUUCACUGAUUCGCAGAUCUGCCCUUCCCAGUAUACCCGCUUUGCUGGUGACCUUUUCCUGUCCCUUACUGGUAACUUGCGCUUGCAGGACUUUUUGGGGACAGCUCCCUUUCCUUUGGAACAGCCUGCCUACUGCCAUCACUCUCUCCCCCAGUCUUCAAUUAUUUAAGAAGUCCCUCAAAACACAUCUGUUCAGAAAUGCUUAUGGACUCCCAGAGUAAACUUAUCAUACUCCACUCUCACCUCCAGCUCUGCUACUUUUCCACCUUUUGGUGGCUGUCACCCUUGCUGCCCUGUUGUGUUUUUGUGCCCCACCUCCUCAACACCGUAAGCUCAUUUGAGCAUGGCCCUUAUCUACCUAUUGUACCUAUUGUUCUUGCGUCAUUUUGUAAUUAUUACAAAAUGUAAUUAUUGUAAUUUACCCCCCUUUCACAGUAAAGCACUGCAGAAUUAGUUGAUACUCUAUAAAUACCAAUAAUAGUUCCAAGCAGAAUCACAAUUCUUAUGUGCCAGCCAGUGGCUGCUCAAUUUAACUAAAAACUAGCAACUGGUCAGCCAUUUCUGAUCUUCCAAUUAAUUAAACUUUCAAUGCCGCUAUAUCAGUGGUCAUAUAAGAUAUCACAAAAUGAUAUAGAGACUACAUUGUCCUGUGGGCAUUGUCAAAGUUGAUAAAAGUUGACAAAUAGCACAGCUUCCACAAUCAACUUUUUUAAUUUCCCAGCAGCCAUCACUAGAGGCAAUAAUCUCAUGUUCAAAAGACCUCUUUUUUUUUUUUUUUACAACAAUGAUGAACUAGCAGAUAAAUCCCCAGGAGCGGAAGUAAGUCCACUUAAGUAACAUGUCAGUGCUUGCACGAGAAAGCUUCAGCCUUCUUUAGGGUCUGCCCUGGGUGCUGUACAUUGAGUGGGAAUUUCACCUUUUGGGAAUCUUUCAAAGUAAAAUAUGCUACAGAGGCCCCUUUCAAAGAUAAAUUAUCAUGAUUGGGAUUAAGAUUGGAAAAUAAUACUAUAGCUCCAACAAUUUGGAGGGAAGAAUCAGUUUUUGUAUUUUUCAUACACAAACAGCAUUUUUACUGACGAGAUAAUUUAAUUGUAAUAUGUUUUAAUGUUUUGAAACACUUAUGUUUGUGUUCAGUGAAGUCUCCCAAGUGUAACAGUACCCGCUAUGUACAGGUUUUUUUGGUGUUUUGGAAAGUUAGAGAGUCAAAUAUAAGAUUUGCAUUUCAUUUUUUUCACAUUAAAAAGUUCCCUGUUUGGUAAUGUUGCCUUUGAGACCGUAUGGUAGCCCAGGAAAGAGAAUUACCCCCAUGAUUGCAUACCAUUUGCAAAAGUAGAAAACUUAAGGUAUUGCAAAUGAGUUAUGUCCAGUCAUUUUUUGUAGCCAUCAUGGGGGUAAUUCUCAUUCAUGGGCUACCACACUGUCUCAAAAAUAACAUUACUAAUCUGGCUAAUUUUAAUGUGAAAAAAAUAAAAAAUGGAAUGUGCUAUAUUUGACCCUGUAACUUUCCAAAACACUGUAAAAUCUGUUAAUGGGUACUGUUUUACUUGUGAGACAUUGCUGAAUACAAAUAUGUGCAUUUUAUUGAGGGGAAAAGCAAACAGUAUCAUGACAUUUACAGCUAAAAUGUCAGGCAGAACUACAAUUGUAUUUUUUAUCUUAACUUCUCACUGUUUUAUUUUAUUCAUAAUAAGUUAUGUUUCAUAAAUGAAUAGUUCAUGAGACGUUAAAACCCUGUUUCUCCUGAACAAAAUGAUAUUUAAUAAGUGUGGGUGCACUUAAUAUGAAAGAGGUGAACUACGGGUGAACAGACAUAUAGCGCAAAUUCCAGGUUUUGUUUACAUUUUGUUUUGAUCAGAACGUGUACUAUUGACUCUGUCCUGAAGGGGUUAAAUACCAAUUUGAAUCCUCUUGGAUAAAUAUCCAUUCCAUCCACACUAAAAGGGGUUCCUUGCCACUCCAUAUUUGGCAAGCAGGUGCAUAAACUCUGAGCCAGUACUAUAUAGGCUCCAGAACCAGGUGAGCAACAUAUUAUGAAUAACCAGUUGUGAACCUUUAACAACACCCUGCACUAUUAUUCUGCAUUUUAUGUCUCCUGUCAUGUACAUAUCUUAUUGGAGUCUGUAAAGGAGUACAAGCAAGAAGGUUCCUGUUGCUACCUUAAACACAGAAAGCCGGUACGUUCAUAGUCACAAUGUUGAAAAGGUUCUAGAAUUGUGAGCAUUCCCUUUUAAAUAUUUGGUCUUAUUUAUACCAAUUGUAAAUUAUAUUGUACCAUUGUAUAUUUCUGGAAAAGAAUAUCCCCACAAACUGUAAAUAAAAUUCAUUUGUAAGAAUGUGUAUGUGUAUGAGUAUAUGCAAGUACACUAUGUGUGUAUGUCAGUGCACGUAUCUCAGUGUAAGUGUUUAUCUGUUGGAGAGUAGGUGUUUUCCUGGCACCAUAAACCUACAGCAGGCUGUAGUGGUUAUAUUGCUUGAAAUGUUUCUUUAAUCACUGGCUGCAUAUUACCAAAUGUUUGGUAAAUCUGCUUCUUCAAAUGGGUGGGUAAUUACAACCUCCUCAAGAAUAUAGUAGACAAAGUCUACAUACUACCAGAAUAAUCCUCUAGCCCUCUUGAGUCUAUCCCAGUGUGUAUGUGUCAUACUUUAUAUAUUUAUUGUCAGGUGUUACAUUCUUAUGGGGUGGUGCCUUUAGGAGUGUAUGUAAGGGUUGUAGAUAUUAGCUUGGCAGCUGCUUCUAAGUGCUGCUACAAAGUGUGUUUGGAGAUAAACUGGAGAGUUUUACUGAUUCUUCAACUGUCUAAGAUUUUUCUAAUACAAAGAAACAAGUCCUGCACUCAAACUCCCAUUACUCCUGGGCGGCAGCAAUGACCAUAGUACACAUCAGCCAAAAUACAUAUAGUAAAAACCAAUGAAAAAAGUUACCUGCGCUCUUUCCACAUCCCUAUGUAUUUUUAAACAAAUCGUUUAGUUACCUCCAAUGGCCAUGAGAGGGUAUGCCCACCUGCCACGUGUAUAGAUUAAGCCUGUACCAAUAAAGCAUUGUCAGUGUUGUACUCCUAGAGCUGUGUCUUGUCCAGUUACUGGGGGAAAGUGAUGCCUGCUUGUUGUAAGGGUUGCAGAGUGGCUGAAGGAAGGGAUUAGCGGAGAUAACUGGUUGGGUUACCCGGGGUCCGCUACACAAACUCAGACUGGGACUGUUGCAAAUCCACUGCCUCAGAGAUGUCCUAGAUGAAUCGCAGAUGGAUUACUGUAGGAUCUGGUAGACUUAGAGAUGUAGACAACAGACAUACUGCACAGUCUGUGUCUUUACAUGACUAAUUUUCUGCACUUUCAGAUUGUAGUGGUGUUACGGAGACAGGCUCAGGCACAGGGUUUGUGGAGCCACCAUCCUCUAUGCCUAAGGUGAGAGUGAGUGCAGCCAAUGACAAAAUGGACAAGGUGAGGCCUGAUAGAAAGCAAUUGUUGGGGGAUUCUGUCUUAAGAGGUGUGGAGUUGGACAAUCGUGGCUUUGUGAGAUGUCUUCCUGGAGCUAAUGCUCACAGAAACAGGAGAUGUAUUUGUAAUAUUGUCAAGCAAGCAAAGCAGGAAAGAGAAUUGGAUGUACUUGUCCAUCUUGUGACAAAUGAUUUGGUUUGUAAUGAGGUUUCUGAGGUAAAGCAAGAGUUUUGUGUUAUUGCCAGUUGUGUCCACACUGUCAUUCUCUGAAGUUCUGCCUAUGCAUAACAUUCAGAAUGACAGGCGAAUGUUUAUUAGGGACAUUAACAUGUGGCUUGGUGAAUGGUGCCAGGAGCAAGGAUUUGGCUUUGUUUCUCAUGGUAUCUCUAUUUGGAAUAGAAAUUAACGGUACAAAAAAGAUGGUUUGUAUCUGUGGCGAAACCGGCCUCGCCACGUGUCCUUGGAGGGGGCUGCUUGCCCGCCUCUUGCCUUUGGACUAUGGACCAGACUUUAUGUGAAUGUGUUAACCCAGAUAGCUAUGCCAUGGAGCCCAUUCGUGUAGUUAAAGACUUCAGCUCCAUGGCAAUUGAACUGUGUGUAAAGGAUCUGAGCGCUCUUCGGUAGUUUUGUGCACUCAGAUCCCAGCUAUCUGGGGAUAUGUGAAAUGUCUGUGUGUUAUGUGUAAAAGGUGACUUUAUGUAUUUUAAAGUGUUUUAUGUCUUUUUGCAACCAUGUGCUCAAUGGAGUCUGCCUCUAUCCCUGGAUAAUUGGAUUACUUUCCCCCAUUGUCUCAUGGAUAGAGGGCUCUGUAAAACCUGUUUGAGCCAGAUAGUCAUGUGCCAGCCAGGGCCCAAAAGAUACUUUUACUAACUUUUGAACCCCUGGUCGGAUUCAUGCCAUUUUUUUAUAUGUUGUUCCCCUGAAUGGAUUGAUUGUGAAUAUGUAAUUUUAUGUGAAUGUGAUGUAUGGUUUUAAAGUUAUGAAAGUUGGGUAGAAAGUAUGUUUUAACUGUAUGUGUAAUUGAGUUUCCUCUCAGGAUAAGGGGAGGGAAUAUGUGGGAUGUAACUGAUAUGUGAUUGGUUGUUUUAUACCUCCCUGUGGGCAGUCCUGAAUGUGAAAGACUGUAAUAAAAACCAGGCUGGGUGUGCCAGCACAAGAGUUCCUGUUUUAACCCUCAAAGUGAAGUGUCGUCUCAUUAUUGGGGGAAGGAUUUAUUGUAUACUGUUCCAGUUUGACUGCUAGGAGAGUAAACCUAUUCGUAUGGGUCCUAUUCAACUGUCUACAGCAUUCAUAUGCUUGAGAGGAUUCAUAUGCUUCUCCAGUUCGGUGGUUGUGGUGUCUGCUGCAGUGCUUGGAGUCCUCAAGAAGCGCUAGGAGCAUCCUUCAACGGAGGUACCCAGUCGGGGUGCCAGGUGAUCCGUUACAGUAUCUUUCUCAAAAGGGAACAUAUGUUCUCAGUGAGCAGUUCAGAGGUUUUGCUAGGAAGUAUUUAAACUAGGAAGGGGUACAAAAGGGUGGUAAAACAUCAAUCCAAUUCCCUCCCAAAACAAGGACAGAAAGUAACUGUAACGAGUGUUAAAAAAUUAUCUUGGAGUCAUGUCUACAAAAGCUCGCAGUUUAGGGAAUAAGUUCCAUGAACUUGUGGCAAUAAGGGUAACUGAGAAUGAAGAUUUAGUGGCUGUUCCUGAGACAUGGUAUAAUGAGAACAAUGACUUAGAUAUAGCAAUAUAAGCAAUUCCUUAUAUAGAAAAGACAGAGACGGCACAAAAGGGGUAGGGGUGGCCCUGUAUGUGAAGGAUAGCAUAGCCCAAUAAAAGUUAGUGAGGCGAACAUAGUCCGUUUGGGUUACGUUAGAAUUUGGAAAUCAUACAGUAACUUGUGUAGGUGUGAUUUACAGCCCACUUGGACAAAUAGAAGAAUUAGAUAAUCUACUAGUUGAGGAAAUAGCUAAAAUGAUAAUGAAGGAUGAAGUUGUUUUCAUGGGUGACUUUAAUCUUCUGAAUGUGAACUAGAAAACUAAAACAGCUGCUUGUGCAAGGAGCACACAUAUUCUAAACUCUCUACUGGGUUUAUCUCUAAAACAAGUCAUUGAGGAACCAACUCGUAAGGAGGCCAUACUAGAUUUAGUGUUAACAAAUGGAGAUUUAUUAUCAGAUAUUACUGUAGGUGAAAGUUUGGUGAUCACUAGAUCCUUAUCAGUGUGGUUUAAUAUAAGAAAAGUGACUGAGUCACACCACACAAAAACAAAAGUUUUAGAUUUUAGAAAAACAGACUUCUCUAAAAUUAGAAUAUGCGUAAAGGAGUCCUUAUAAGACUGGAGCAGUUUAAAUGGCAUCCAGGAGAAAUGGGAUUAUUUAAAAGUUGCACUACUGAAAGCAACAAAAAAUUCUAUUAGGCUUGUCAGGAAGAGCAGAAAAAUUAAGAAACCACUGUGGUACUCUGCAGAGGUGGCAAAAAUAGUAAAAAACAAACAAAAAGUUGGCAUUUUAUUAAUUAGAAAAAAAAAAACAGAAUGAGGAAGGCAGACAGAUCUAUAAGAUUAGGCCGAAAGAGGCAAAGCAAGUUAUAAGAGCCUCAAAGCACACACAAGAGAAAAUAGCACAGUCACUGAAAAAAGGAGAUACAACUUUUUUUUUUUUUUUUAGAUACAGAAAUGAGAGAAGGAAAGUAAAACACGGAUUAAUUAGAUUAAAAACAAAAGAAGGAAGGUAUGUAGAAGUGGAUAUAGCUGACUGCCUCAAUUAAUAUUUUUGUUCAGUAUUUACAGAUGAAAAUGAAGUAGCGGGACUUCAGUUAAGAAAAAGGACAAAUGGGUCAUUUUGUUAUAUGUGCGUUUACAGAGGAAGAGUUUUUCUAUUUUAACUGUCAAAAGUAAAGACAAAUAAGUCAAUGGGACCUGAUGGAAUACACCCAACAUUAUUUAAAGAACGUAGUGGUGUACUAGCAAAACCAUUUAUGGAUUUAUUUAGCCAAUCAUUGUUAACAGGAGUAGUCCCAGAUGAUUGGAAAUUAGAAAAUGUUGUACCCACUCACAAGAAAGGUAGUAUGGAGGAGUCGGGCAACUAUAGGCCAGUAAGCAUUACUUUAGUAGUGGGGAAAGUGAUGGAAACCAUGUUAAAUGAUAGGAUUGUUGAAAAUCUAAAAUCACAUGGAUUUAAAGAUCAGAGACAACAUGAGUUUACUUCAGGGAGAUCAUGCCAAACUAAUCUUUUUGAUCAGGGUGGUGCAGUAGACAUUACUUACCUAGAUUUCUGUAAGGCUUUUGACACUGUUCCACAUAGAAGGAUCAUCAAUAAACUGCAAUCUUUAUGUUUGGAUUCCAAUAUUGUUGAAUGGGUAAGGCAGUGGCUGAGUGACAGGCAACAGAGGGUUGUAGUCAACGGAGUAUAUUCAAAGCAAGGUCUAGUUACCAGUGGGGUACCUCAGGGAUCUGUACUUGGACCCAUUCUCUUUAAUAUUUUAUUUUAUAAAAUAUUUUAUAAGAUAUGUGUAACGGAUCACCUGGCACCCCGACUGGGUACCUCCGUUGAAGGAUGCUCCUAGCGCUUCCUGAGGACUCCAAGCACUCUGGCAGACACCACAAUCACCGAACCGGAGAAACAAUUAAAUUCUCCCAAGCAUAUGAAUGCUGUAGACAGUUGAAUAGGAACCAUACGAAUAGGUUUACUCUCCUAGCAGUCAAACUGGAACAGCAUACAAUAAAUCCUUCCCCCAAUAAUGAGACAACACUUCACUUUGAGGGUUAAAACAGGAACUCCUGUGCUGGCACACCCAGCCUGGUUUUUAUUACAGUCUUUCACAUACAGGACCGCCCACAGGGAGGUAUAAAACAACCAAUCACAUAUCAGUUACAUCCCACAUAUUCCCUCCCCUUAUCCUGAGAGGAAACUCAAUUACACAUACAGUUAAAACAUACUUUCUACCCAACUUUCAUAACUCUAAAACCAUACAUCACAUUCACAUAAAAUUACAUAUUCACAAUCAAUCCAUUCAGGGGAACAACAUAUUAAAAAAUGGCAUGAAUCCGACCAGGGGUUCAAAAGUUAGUAAAAGUAUCUUUUGGGCCCUGGCUGGCACAUGGCUAUCUGGCUCAAACAGGUUUUACAGAGCCCUCUAUCCUGGAGACAAUGGGGAAAGUAAUCCAAUUAUCCAGGGAUAGAGGCAGACUCCAUUGAGCACAUGGUUGCAAAAAGACAUAAAACACUUUAAAAUACACACAGACAUUUCACAUAUCCCCAGAUAGCUGGGAUCUGAGCGCACAAAACUACCGAAUAGCGCUCAGAUCCUAUUCACACAGUUCAAUUGCCAUGGAGCCAAGUCUUUAACUACACGAAUGGGCUCCAUGGCAUAGCUAUCUGGGUUAACACAUUCACAUAAAGUCUGGUCCAUAGUCCAAAGGCAAGAGGCGGGCAAGCAGCCCCCUCCAAGGACACGUGGCGAGGCCGGUUUCGCCACAAUAUGUAACAGGGUUGAUGUUCCAGCAGGGACAAGCCAAAUGGCGAUGAUUUCGGUAAACUAGAAGAAAAUGGUCAGAGCUGUGGCAACUGACAUUUAAUGUGGAUAAGUGCAAGAUAAUGCAUCUUGGGCGUAAAAAUCCAAGGACAGAGUAUAGAAUAUUUGAUACCCUACUAACCUCAACAUCUCAGGAAAGGGAUUUAGUAGUAAUUAUUUCAGAUGACUUAAAGGUAGGAAGACAAUGUAAUAGAGCAGCAGAAAAUGCUAGCAGAAUGCUUGGUUUUACAGGGUGCAGAAGAAAGAGGAAAGUGCUUGUGCCAUUGUACAGAACACUGGUGACACCUCACUUGGAGUAUUGUACGCAGUACUGGAGACUGUAUCUCCAGAAGGAUAUUGAUACUUUAGAGAGAGUUCAGAGAAGGGCUUAAUGUUAAUAUAAGUACAUAUAUGUGUAUUAAAAUACACUUAGAAUGACUUUACAUAUAUAUGAUCACCUAUAUAAAUUUUAUAUUUAUUUAUAUAUACACGUAUAAUUACAAUAAUAAAUAAAAAUAAUAAAAGAAAUAAAAUAUUUAAAAAAAUGUAAAUACAUUAUACAUAUGUAAUUUACAUAGUUACAUACCGUGUUUUCCCGAAAAUAAGACCUACCCCGAAAAUAAGCCCUAGCUGGAUUAUCGGGGUGGGCUGCAAUAUAAAUGCCACAGCCGACUGAGCGCUCUAUAGAGAGCGCUCAGACUGCUGCCGCACUGCCUCACCUCCCCUUCCCUGUAGCAUGGCCGAGCUCCUCUCCUGUCAGUCUGGCCAGGUCGCGGACCGGAGAGGAGCUCGGCCACGCUACAGGGAAGAGCAGGUGAGGAGAAGAUUGGAGGGGGAGGAGUAUUACAGGGAAGGGGGAGGGAGUAUUACAGGGAGAGGGGGAGAGUAUUACAGGGAGAGAGGGGGGGAGUAUUACAGGGAGAGAAUGGCCACAGGAGAGAGAGAAGUAUUACAGGGAGAGUAUUACAGGGAGGAGAGGGAAAUGACCGAAGUAAUACGAGAGGAAGUAGCCACAGGAGGGAAGUAUUACAGGAGGGAGGGGAGAGUAGCCAGGGAGGGGGAGUAUUACAGGCAGGGAGGGAGGAGGGGGGAUAAUAUUACAGGGAGGGAGGGAUAAUAUUACAGGGAGGGAGGAGGGGAUAAUAUUACUGGGAAGGAGGGGGAGAGUAUUACAGGGAGGGAGGGGGGAGAUAAUAUUACAGGGAGGGAGGGGAGAAUAUUACAGGGAAGGGGGGUAAUAUUACAGGGAGGGAGAGUAUUACAGGGAGGGAGAGUAUUACAGGGAGGGAGGGGAGAAUAUUACAGGGAGGGAGAGUAUUACAGGUAGGGAGGGAGGGAGGGGAGAAUAUUACAGGAGGUAUUACAGGGGAGGGAGGUGAGGGUCUCUAGAGUUUACACAGCGUGGACACCGGCUGACAGACUGGCUCUAAGCCCUACCCUGAAAAUAAGCCCUAGUGUGUUUUUUGUGACUAAAAUUAAUAUAAGACCCGGUCUUAUUUUCGGAGAAACACGGUAGUUACAUAUCUGAAAAAAAGAGACUUGCGUCCAUCAAAUUCAGCCUUCCUCACAUUUUGUUUUUUGCUGUUGAUCCAAAAGAAGGCAAAAAAAACCCAGUUUGAAGCACAAUUUUGCAACAAGCUAGGAAAAAAAAUCCUUCUUGACCCCAGAAUGGCAGUCAGAUUUAUCCUUGGAUCAAGCAGUUAUUACCCUACAUUGAAAGAUUAUAUCCUUGAAUACUCUGUUUUUGCAAGUAUGCAUCUAGUAGCUGUUUGAACAUCUGUAUGGACUCUGAUAAAACCAUUUCUUCAGGCAGAGAAUUCCACAUCCUGAUUGUUCUUACAGUAAAAAAAACCUUUCCUUUGCCUUAGACGAAAUCUUCUUUCUUCCAGUCUAAACGCAUGGCCUUGUGUCCUCUGUAAAGUCCAGUUUGUGAAUAGAUUUCCACACAAUGGUUUGUAUUGGCCCCGAAUAUAUUUGUAUAAUGUUAUCAUAUCCCCUCUCAGGCGACGUUUUUCUAAACUAAAUAGGUUUAAAUGUGUUAACCUUUCAUAUAUAUAUAUAUAUAUAUAUAUAUAUAUAUAUAUAUAUAUAUAUAUAUACACAGGGCCGGUGCAAGGAUUUAUGCCGCCCUAGGCAAAAUAAAAAUUGACGCCUAGGUCGCCUUACAGGUAGCGCCGGCCCUGUAUAUAUAAUAAAAAAAAGGCUCCAGAACAUUCUUUAAAAUUGCUUAUCACAAAAUUAAGUUGUAUGUCUUCAUUCAGAUACAGAUUUUUGUUUUGUCAUAAAUGGGUUUUGUUUAAUUUAAAUUACACUGUGGGCCAAAAUUCAGAAAAGGGUUGGAGGAGUCAUUCACUUUUUUAUGAAUUAACCAAUUUCAGUGAUAUUACAUACAAUGAAUGCUUAACAACAGAUUUGUUUGAUUAGGUGCAGAAGAUGACAUUUUAAAUGAACUCAAUUUGCUGUGUCUCAAAGUCCUGCUCUUUUAAUUGUUCAUAAUAUUAGUUGAUGUUGGAGGCAGAGCCAACCUCUGAGCAGAAUGGCUGUUUUCUGAAAGAGCUCCAUCUCCUAGAAAGGGGAAUCCCUAAACAUCGGGCUCACAAUUAAAAAUGGGACAUCCCAAAUGCUCCCUAACAUCGCAGCAAGCCUCUAGAAAACACUCGGCUGGGAAAUCGGGGGCUCUAACCAAGUUUUUCCGCGAUCACGGCACGACCGCUGUAGGCCCCAACUUACUCUGGAGUCAUCCAACGACGGAUUGUCCCCAUCCUCUUCCAAAUGGGUACUGACCUGAGGGACGUAGACAAGGUUGACUCACUACAUUUACUAGAGGAAAUAAACUACUCCUUUACUGAUAGAUAUACCCAAUACCAGGACAUUUGGGAACCCUGGCUGCAAUACUUGAAAAGGCAAUCUGUGUCCUGAUACCCUAAUGAUGCAUCCCAACUAACCUCUGAAUUAUGAUACCACACAUCGAUCAAUGCUUGUUUUCACCUGUCUGGUCUGACCUAAUAGGUAAACUAGUACACCUGCAAGUACUGGUGCUUGGGCUCUGCACUACACAACUAAUGGUGGCUUGUUCUGAGUGACAUGUAAUUACAUUCUCAAUAAAGCUAGCCAUGGGGAGCUGUGCUUAGAACUCAGUGAGCAGUGAUGAAUGGUAAGGGGACUAGUGAUACGGUCGACUGGUAAAAGGAAGUACAGGGGACAGAAAUGGAAACAUUUGGUGGGCCCAGGUAAACUGCAGAGAAAGGGGGGAGCUAGAGUAAAGAGGAGGUAGUAGUUUUGAGAAAGAUGUUUAAGUGGAAGGGGGUAAAAAUGGGAUAUUACUGAAGAAAGGUAGGGGAAAUCUGUAAACUGUUUUGGAAAAGUGGAAUAGACCAAGAAAGAGAGAGCAAUAAUGUCAGAAAACAUGGAUGCCAAAAUAAGGUUGAAAGAGGAGAUUUGGGAAGGCAUUUGAAUCUAUACACAGCCAUCCCUCUAUGUGUGGUCUCUCUCCCUCUACCUUUCCCUCUACCUCUCCCUCUUCCCCUCCAUGCCUCCCCCUCCAUCUCUACUCUCCCAUUCACACACAUUUACAUUCAUGGUGCUGUAUGUGUGUUUAUUGCUAUGGAACUCUGGUAUACUUUGUAUUCAGUAACCAUUACAUUAAAGGAACUACAAAGAGUACUGCACUGAGACUGAUGGACCUUGUGGUAUAUGUAUCACACUGUAUACUAGGGUUUUUAUUUUACAAUAUGAAGUUAAAACAACUAUUCUGGCGAGUAGAAAGGAAUAUAUGGUCCUUUUGUGAGAUGUAGGCCCUGUGGUAGACUGACACUUGGGCACUUGUUUUCCGGAUUUUGGGCCUGACAUCUAGAAGGGGCCCAGCGGCUUGUCCAGAUUUUCAAGAUGUUUUGUCUGUUUUUCCAUUAAAUCUUAAUUUGCUACAAUUCAGAGUUUAGUGAAUAAACACAUUGAUAUGAGAAAAGGAGAGCAUUUAGUGAAAAAUGUCUCAGCAGACAUAUCAUGAUUGCUGGGGAUUAUGGCCAUUGACAGCUAAACACUUUCUGGAAAAUGUGUUGCUAAAAGGAAUGACAAGUUAGAAAAUAAAUAAGAUUAGAGGUUAAAGGUUUGCAGCUGUUUUGUAGAUCAUAUUCAGGGCUUCAAAUGCAAUGUUUUUUUUUUGCUAUUUGCAAGGCCUUAAAAGUUACUCAGCACUGCAAGACACAGCAUACCCACCAGGGCUGAAUAUAUACUUGCCACUGCUGAAUAUUUACUCACCAAUGGCUAGUGGAAAUUAUGUGCCUUGUUCUCUACAUAAAUAAUUCAGAAAUACAAACAAGCUAACAAUUUUAUUAAGAACAAAAAUAUAGUCUGCUAUAUCAAUGCCCAGAUUAUAUAAAAUAGAUAAACAUAGUGAUAAUUUGUAUGCUGAAAUUAACAUCUGAGAGUCACAAACGCAUUAGAAAUGGCUACAUAUGAAAAGAAAUAAAAUAUGUUAAACUAUUUUACAUGCAUUAGGUUAGAACUUUUAUAGUGUGGCAAUGCAAAAUAACCUGUACAAGGCUGGCUUUAAGAUGGAUAAUCCUUAAACUAUCACAGUGAUUGUCACAACCAACAGACCAGCAUUUGGUCCCAGCUAAACAUUUUAUGAGAUACUCAACUCUGAGUUAUGCUACAAGAAGUGUAAGUAAGAACUGAACAGGAAGCAGACAAUGAUGGGCCUCCAGGGUGAGCGAUAGCAAGAACAUGACUGGAUAUUGAAUAGAUUACUUUAACUGUGACUACACAAGAAGGCUUGUACAUGUUACUGUUACUCAGUUACUGUUCAAUCAGUGUCACUAUCAAUCAGUACAAGUCUUUGGGGAUGAUUAAGAAGCUUUAGCUCUUUUAAGAAAUCUAGUUUGUCAUAAAAGAUGUAAACAUAUUGAUUUCAAAUACCAUGUAACCUUUUCAGUGAUCUAUUAUGGUGGCAUAGUCCUUGAUUACUGCCCAAUGGGUAGGUUGAUAUCAGGUAUCAUGAUUAAGCCUGCAACGAGGUUCUUGGAAAUAUUUGUCUGGAAUGAAAGUUUCUCAAAAUAUAAAUGUUUGCUGUUAAAAAUGUAUGUGAGAGCAAGUGGGGGUGUUGAAAUAUAAUCAUAACGUGCUCUCAAUAUUGUUCUUGUGUAUUGAACAAUAAAGUUGUUGUCCUGCCUCCUUGUCUGUUGAGUGGAACAGUGAAUAACUAAACAAAUGUGUUGUACUUAUUGUUAUGUGCACUUGCCUGGUUAUCCUACCCUCCGCAUGCUGACUGCAAUAAUGUUCCAGAGGCACACAGACACACACAUACAUACACGCAUCUGUUAAGACACAAACUUAUACAAAUAUGCACACAGUCAUACAGCAAACAGACAUAUAGUCAUACAGAAACACACAGUCCUACAAACACACACAAUGUCAUAAAGAAACAUAUAGUCAUAUAGACACACAUCCUAUAUACAUAUUUACUUACUUUUCGAUAUAAGGCAAAUAAAUAAAAACUUUAAAAGACACAAAUUAUACACACAGAUUAUAUAAUGCUUCACUGCAGAGAAGACCUGAGAGACUUACUGUUGAUUUUCAAGCACUCUCUGACCCAAGGUGCAUGUAUAUGAGUGAAUGAUCCUAUUUAUUUAAAAAAAGGCUUUACUUUCAACUUGAAGAAAUGAUUAUGCUAAAUAAUUCUGAGGUGACAAUUGUCCUCUAAAAAUAAAAUUAACAUUGAAACAAUCAGAAGACCAUUAAAAAUAUAAUGAUAUUAUUCAUAGGUCUCCGUCGACCUAGAGGUGGGUAAAAUAUACAAAAGGUCCAAUAGGGUUCCAAUUAACUAAGGGAAGUUUGUGUAUUAAUCUAACAAUAAUACAAUAAUAAAGCCAGUUCAAAAUAAGUAGUGUGUUUAUUACUCCAUGUGAGGGGAGAGCCAGUAUGUAACCAGCCCCAUUCUUACAUGGGAACCCAGGAGACUCACACAGCUCUGCUCUUCACACAUAGUUGCAGGGAUGCUUUCACAGCUCCAGGAAGAACACACAAUAUUCUGCCGCUUCACAGAAUAAUCCCAGUGCCAGUCCUAGCAGCGCAAUAUGAAUUUGAUAUCAACACACCAGAAAUCAGCAGCACAAUAUGAUAUUGUCAAAACACCAGAAAUUCUCACUUGCCAAAGACAUCCCACAAGAACAGAUGCAAGUAAGCUUAAAAUAAAUGUAUUACCACAACUGACCCUAAAUACCUUGGUCCACUGUGAAAUUUCCUGGUGUCAUGCAAUACAAAUUCGCUGUCCGUACUGUCACCAGCUCAACCACCUUCCUCCUUUUGAAGCCGUGGUCUAGGUAGCCUUGUGGGGAAUCCAUCCUAGCUAGUGUGUAUAGAGAUAAGAUAAAAAAAUUUUUUACAGCAAACAAUGUUAUAAAAUAAAAAAUACCUCAAUCUUCUUUCUGUAUAUCUAUUUAUAUACAAUGAACACUUAAUUUCAGUUGUUCUCCAAACAAGAGAAAUUAAUAUUAACCUAUAUAACUGGCGAUAGUUCAACUUGCAAUAAUAUCGUAAUUAUAAUAUUAUAUGUACUUCUAAUGUUAUAUAAAAAAAAAAAGCCAGUUUAAUCAUUUGGUAUCCUUAUGUGGGGUUGUCAUAUUUAAGGAUACCAAAUAAAGGUACCCUAAAAUCUGACAAUCCCACAUAAGGUUCCCACUUUUACUAAGGGAGUUAUCUACUAAGGUGCUGAAAGAUCAACAUUAAUGAAACCCUUUUUCUUUUGUUCUUUCGGCUGCUUUGCAAAUAUCUCCCUAAUUUGGUUUCCUCAUGUGGUCUUGCCAUAUUUAAGAAUAUGUAAUACCCUUAAAUAUGACAAUUCCAGAUAAGGGUACAAAAUAAGGGAUUUAUCUAUUUUCUAAACCAAAGAAAGAUUUUACAGCUUUCGUAACAUUCCAAUCAUCCGAAUGGGAAUACCAACCUGAAAGUAUCAGAAAAAUUUUGUCUGAAACAAAUCGACGUCUGAAAUCUGUUUUGGACUAAACAAAUUUUUUUUGUCGAACGAAUUCAUUCCUCCAUGCACAAAUCUAAUGUUGAAAGGGUAGAUGUUUAGAGAGUGAUGGGACAGAGUAUAUUAUUUGAUAUUUAAAAUGGUCACAUUGUUCUGACUGCAAAUGAUAACACUGAAAAAAAAAAAGGGCGAAGGACUAUUAAUGUAUCAGUCAUAAAGUAGUUUUCUUCCUUUGGUGCACAGAUCCUUGUGGUUGGGAUCUGCCUGCAAUGACAGAAGCAGGUAUUUUUCAAGUAAUAUUAUAAUUGUUCAUUGUUUCACCUGAAAAAUGUUUUUAUGACCAAACAGUAUAAAAUAAACAUAAACUGUGAACCAUGCAAACCCUGUUGAACUGCAUUCUCAUUUUUCUUUAGUAUAUUUUGUAACGAGGUAGUCAUAACAAUGGACAAUAAAAUCAAGAUCCCCCUUCUCAAAAUAAUAGCACAAAUAAACCAGCACAAAAAAGUGUUUAAUUUUUGUAAAGGGCAAGGACAUGUUAAAAUAAAAAUAGUCAGCCAAGCAAAGUGUAUUUAGCAUAUGUAGUGUCAAGGUUAUCCAUCUGUAAUGUAUAGAUUUUUGUUUCUUCCAUUAUGCAACAUGCUUUAUGUUUCUAGUGUUAUCUUUUGAGGUUUAUAUGGAUGGUUAUUCUUUCUGGUUUCUUUUUUAACAAUUUAGUUAGUCAGGAUAUGUGUACUUAUCAUGGCACUCUGUCUGACAGAAUGUGAUUUUAUUAUUGCAUGAAUGUCAUUUCAAUAUGUGUCUCAUGCAUUUGUAUUUUGCCCAAGAACCAAUCUCCUUUAUUAUAUGCUACUUUGUAAAAGGAUGUAUCUCACCUUAUGAUUAAUCAUGUUAAUGUGAAAAUUCGUCCAAAAUUUUGAAAAUAUUUAAUUUGGGCUAAACAAAAUUCAUUUGAAAAUGUUGUUAGUAUUUGAAAUUCGGGCACUUAUUAUUUCCUAUGGGAAAUUAAAGAAGGUGGCUGUCACAAAGUUACAAACUACCAAUUUAAGGAGUUAUCUGCUAACCUGCUGAAAGAUCAAAAUGAUAAAAAGCCCUUAAUGUUGAACAUUCAGCUGUUUAGUGGAUAACUCCCUCAUGUUAUCUCCUUACAAAGCCAAAAUAGGGAGAUAUUUACUAAACAGCUGAAAGAGCAAACUUAAUAAAGUAUUAAUUGUGUAGUAGAUAACUCCCUAAUUUGCUAUCCUUAUAAAAACAAAUUAAUUCCACAUGUCUAGUGGAGUGUAAGUUUUGAUCCUUCUAUUUUAUGAUAAUUCACAAAUAGUAUAUUGAGAGGUAACUAUCAUUUAUGUUAACGUAGAGGGUAGGAAAAAAUAUUACAGAAUUCGCACCAUAGGAAGUAAACCGUUCCACAUAAUAAGACAUGGACAAUUCUCAUGAGAAUGUGUUAUUUAAAAAAAAAUUAAAAAAAAUGUUAUGUACGUUGGUCCAAAUUAUAUACAUUUUACAGAAUUGACUGGUGAGAUGUAAUUACAGUUUUCUAGUGAUAUGGUUAGCUUCUUUGAGAAGUAGAAACACAAGAUUCAUACAAUUGCUAUGUGCCAUUAUAUUUAUUUAGUAAAUCUCAGUCUUUUUCUCCCACUUGUACAGAGAAUGUGUUGCUGUUAUAUAUACUUUUUAUAUAUAAUAUACAUUUAAGGCAGAAAAAAAAAUAAUUACUCUUACAGACCCACUCACUAUUGUAUUAUUUGAAUUAUUUGCCAUGUUAUUCACAAUUAUUGAGUUCUUAUAUAUUUGUGACCACUUGCGUGUUGUAACUGUGAUUCAUAUCUAUUCUUGUAAAAUGUAUAUCAUAGAGCUACCUACAUUGUAAUAUAGAAUAGUGAAAGAGGCUUAAUUCCCGUUUGUUAGUAGAACACAGAGGAUGCAGUAGGCUACAGAUUGUCACCUUCCAGGAGCAAAAUGAGAUUCAGGCAAAUAUAGUGUACUCAAACACAUCCUUCUCUAUUUAUAGAAUACACAUGUGCAUUUGCUUAUAUAAAUACCAUGUGGAGAUUGUUCGCUUGUAAUCUUAUGAAGAUCAAGCGCUAGAACUAUUACAUUAUAGAUUGCAAGUUGUUAAUUUUAAAUAAUUAUGUAAAUGAAUGACAAAAAUUAUUUUUAAGGUAAAGAGUUGAGAAAAAAAAUGAAUGUUAUCCAAAAAUAUAUUUUGUAUUGUAUAUUGUCCUGUAUAUUUAUUGAUAUUCAGCUUCAAGUGGUCUGCGCUUGCAAGACCCCUUCACCUGAAUAAAAUUACCAGAGAGACACUCCAGUGGUGUCUCAGGGCUUAACUCUUGUUAUUAAAGAUAGGACUCUCCCACAAAAGAACUCUGUGUGAGUGUUAACUGGAGAUUUUAUUAACAAUGUCCAAUAAACACUUAGCUAAAUUGUGUUGAGAAAAGUCAGGUUUGAAAUUCCAAAGCCCUUAGGCUAAGCCUCCGACUAAUAAAUGUAGUCUUUAACAGAAGAAACCCCCCCCUUUCUGGCUUUAUUAGUAAUUGCCAAUAAAGGGGUUUAACUUAAGGUAAAGAUAGAUUACAAACCUUAAUAGUACUAAGUACUGUACUAUUACAAGGAAAGUGACUAUGUCUACCUAUUAACCUUAUCAAAGGUAAAUAUCUCCAAUAUGUAGGGAUAGUCUGAGUGUCACUAUCAAUUAGACACUUGCUUAUAGACUGCAAUUUUCAAUUUGAAUCAUUAGGUAGACAGAGUGAAUCAGGCUUACUUAAAAAUCAUAAUGCCGGUUGCUGUAGAUGUAUGCAAUACUGAGGCUAGUAUUCAAAUAAUGCCAAUGGAGCUCCAGUGUAAUGUAUGGGUAUUGUAUCUGAAUCCUUAUUUAAAGAGGUAUUGAGUCCUAUAGUAUACAGUAUUACUGUAGCUCCAGAUUAUUUAUUGCAGAAAAAAACGUAUACAAAAUAAAAAUCCAAGGGGGCGUGGCUGAUCGCCGUUCAGAAUGGCCGCAUGUUAGAGCAGCUCCGGGAAUAGCAGGCACAAAAAACGCACGGAGGACCUGACAAGCCACGAUGGGGAACCCCAAAAGAUUGCACAGCACCAACACUAGCUCUGGGAAGACCCCGGCAGGUAAAAUGGGCUCCGUCCCCAAACUGUUCAAGGAAUAUACAGACCGUAUGUCGGAGAAUGGAGAUUCCAACAUGGCUCCGGCGGAUCAUACUCUGCUCCCCCGAGCCCAGUGGCAUCAGAGGUCUCAGCAGCCUCCACAUACCUCGACAUUAGGGACCUUAUCAAGAACUUACCUUCCAAAGCCGACCUCACAUAUAUGCUAGGCAGAUUGGAGUCAUCCGUUCAACGCAAAAUGGACGGCAUGUGCUCAGAGAUCCGGCAGGUAGGACAGCGGGUCCAGGAGCUGGAAGAUGAUAGGUGUACCAUACAGGCCCAAUUAAACUCCCUAACCACUAAGAUCGCAAACCAGAACUCUCAACUGUCACUCUUUCAACGAUCAUUAGACAAUAUUGAUAACAGAGGGUGAAGAAAUAACUUGCGGAUCAAAGGCCUACCGGAAGUGGAGGGGGUGGAUAUCCAGUCUGUUCUGCAGGAACUAUUUACUCUAAUAGUGGGCCAGCCGACGGACACACAGAUCCUCCUGGACAAAGCAUAUCGCUCAUUAAGGCCAAAAACCCAAGAUAGGGAAACGAGAGACGUCAUAUGCCGAAUCCAUUACUUUACAGUCAAAGAAAACAUACUGAAAAAGCUGCGUAACACUAAUCCUCCACUACUAUUCCACGGCCAUGAGGUCCAAAUCUACCAGGACCUCUCAUGGCUCACGUUGCAAGCCAGACGGUUUCCCAAACCCAUAAUGGACCAACUACGAACCAGAGCAAUCUGGUACAGGUGGAGAUAGCCAUUCGUGCUCAAGCCACUCACAGGGGAAUCACCCACGUGAUUGCAACUCACUGAGAUGUUACACCAUUCGUCUAGGCACUGGACCUCAGAGAGGGGAGGAUCAUGGACUGGUAUGCCCCCGACCCAGCCCUAUCACUCAACCAACGUCAUCAGUGACAUCAAAGGUGUACACCUUAGAAAACGUAGAGAACAAGCCCAACGGACACCCCAUAGCCGAAGAACGCAGACUAUCCGGAGGACGUCCAACACCGAUACCACCCACACUUCACCAACCCUGAAAGACCUAUUGCCCAUGGGAGCACCCCCUGACAAACUGGCAGGAAUCCAUAACUGACUAUCCCCCACCUGAACACUGCAAGCAGUUCAUUGGCACCCCCUCAUAACCACUGCUUCCCCCAGCAGCCACACAGGCAAGCAAUGGACUGUAUCUCCCCGCCCCAGGGAUUAUCCCCACAUUGACUACGGUCCUCCCGACACCAUCUUCCAGGGGAGAUCCCGACGCAGGACCCAGCAGGGCUCUAGUACCGCCUUGAACUCUCAACCAAGCGAGCAUCAGCCCUCUGGAUCAGGUCGUAUGUUUUCCCAAAACCAGUAUUAUUAAGACUCUAAGACUCUAUUGUUAUGUAUAAUAUGUUCUGAACUGUCUUUCACUGCAAGUCAUCACAACGUUGCAUGUUAAUAUAGGGACUACACCCCCACCCCUCUCUCUUACGAGGUUAACUUAGAGCACCGAUCCCAGAGACAUUAUCUCCGGUUGGGGACUGCCCACAACGCAAGAGAAAGACGAACUCUGUAAUCACCUCUAGAGCAACUCACAUGGGCACCUCACCCCAGAUUGGGUAGUAUAUCUGCUACACAUCUGUAACAACUGAAAUGUAAUGUUCUGUAUUAUAUUGUAUACAUGUUACUUCGUAGCAAACAAACUAAUAGGGGACAGGCUAACCCGAGGACCAACCACUCCUCCCCACACAGGGUCAAUCUAUGACACCGACGUUAGCAUUCUGUAGUAUAGUAUUAAACACAGCCAUUAGCACAUGGGGGAAGCUAGGGGGGGCCAGUAGUUUUACUAUUGACAUACCAAAGCAGAAUUAUACACUCACAUAAUAUGCCUGCUAACCCUCAAGCUCACACACAUAGAACCCCCCCAAUUUUUUUUUAUCUAACUGACUUCCACGACAGAUCUAUUGAACAUCUGUUACGCGCACACCCCAGUACCAAACGAACAACCAACAAUCUAGUGCACGCAUCAACCACCUCCCCUACCCUCUCCCCCCACCGCAGGCGGUUAUCUCAUAUUCAAUACUAAAUCCUCUGUGGUAUACGGAACACAGCAGAGACGGGCACCAGCUGAUAUCAGUUCACCAAGCCGCAACACUAAUUAAGACUCCAAACACGCUUUGGAACUAACUUAUUGUAUAUAGUUUUCUAGUUUAUAUUUGUCUUCACUCUGGUAUACAGGGUUUGACUGUUUGUUUGUUUGUUCUAUUGUUAUAAUCUACAUACCACAAGGCUGACAUCGAAGACAAUUGACGUACAUCACAGAGCCCUAUCCAUGGCACCUCACUCCCCACUGCACCACGAAUCAUGGCAACAUUAGGGGCAUCUAUAACAGUUCUCACACACAACGCACAGGGCUUAAACACCCCAGAGAAACAUUACCUAGCCCUGGCAGACUAUCAUAAGCAAAAAGCAGAGAUGGUCUAUGUACAAGAAACUCCCUUUCCCUCAUUUAGAAACAAUCGAUACCCGAGGGGCUAUUUCAGCAACUUCCAACUUCCCAGGGUCUAAAUCCAGAGGAGUCUCAAUCCUAUUACACUUUCGCCUCCCCUCCACAUAUAAGGAACAUAAGGCUGCUGAACACGGGAGAUCCAUAUUUCUUAAGGGUACAGUGGGGUGCACCAUGACCACCUUUGCAAAUGUAUAUUUACCUUAUAGGAAGCAAUUUCCUGUCCUUCGGAAGAUACUCCAAAAAUUGGAGGCCUUCGCUGAGGGUCUCCUAGUUUUGGGAGGGGACUUUAACAUCUCCUUAGACACCACCUCUCAAGCACAUUCUUACCUCUCAUCAACAAAAACACACAUCCAACGACUGCUAGACUUACACCAAAUGUACGACUGCUGGAGAUCAAAAAAAGAUUAUUCCUACUACUCUCACUCAACCGACUCUUACUCGAGAAUAGAUAUGUUUUUCCUUCCCCACAGGUUUCUUAACCUUAUAUCCUCUUGCUCAUAUGCACCAAUCACUUGGUCAGAUCACGCUCCUUUAGCUAUGACCAUCAAUGUUCCUCUCCUACAUGCCUCAAGGCCCCAGUGGAAAUUGAACGAUACACUCCUAAACUUACCCGACAUAUGAGACCACCUAUCCACGGAAUUAGACCACUAUUUCUCUCGCAAUACACAAACAGACUCUUCCCACCCUACUAUCUGGGAGGCUCAUAAAUGCACAAUUAGGGGCACGCUCAUUCACCUAGCAUCCGCACAUAAAAAAGAAAUUCACAAGUGACACAACUCCUCAGAGAAAUCAGAGAUCUAGAAGAAACACACAAGGCCAAUCUGGCCCUAGAAACAUACAAAACACUCGUAAACAAGAGAUCAGAACUUAACAUCCACUUAAAUGUCCAAACGCAAACUGACACAAGGAGUUUGUACUAUGCUGAGGGAGGCAAAAGUGGCCAUCUGCUAGCAUCUGCUAGCACAUGCGCUGAAAAAACAAAGGGAAUCCAACUUCGUAGCUGCAAUACAAAACACAGAAGGCAAUACAGCCCAUCUCCUGUCGGACAUAACCAAAGCGUUUCAUGAAAUUUACUCUUCACUUUACAACCUAAGGACUGCUCCCCCCUCAAGCGCAGAGCUCCACAAAUUCCUUUCACACAGGAUCUUCUCUACCAUCCCAGCUAACCUCAGGCACUCACUAGACCAACCCAUUACUCUCCAGGAAUUCCAGGAGGUAAUCCAACAUUUACCACAGGGGAAAAGCCCAGGCCCAGAUGGCUACACGGCAAAAUACUACAAAGUGUUCUCUGCAACACUUGCCCAAUCUUUCCUCAACUCAUUUAACUCCCUCCUACAACAGACAAGCUUUCCACCACAAACAUUGAAUGCCACAAGUACGCUCCUGCCCAAACCAGGGAAAGACCCUACUAAAUGUGGAAGUUAUAGGCCUAUAUCCCUCAUCAAUAUAGACCUUUUCACCAAAAUAUUAUCAAAUCGCUUACGCCCACUCCUCCUGGAGUUAAUCCAUCCAGAUCAGUCAGGAUUCGUACCAGAGAGGGAGGCUAAUGAUAACACGACCAGGAUUUUAAACCUCAUUCACCACGCAAAACGCUCGGGGGACCCCAGUCUACUCCUGUCAAUUGAUGUCGAAAAGGCGUUCGUUAGGGUGGACUGGACCCUAAUGAGACACACACUGCAGCACAUGGGCUUUGGCCAAAACUGGAUGAAGUGGUUGGGGGCCAUAUACUCCAAACCCACAGCACAAAUACGCAUAAAUGUUCAAUUAUCAGACCCAGUUCAGAUUUCCAACGGCACAAGACAAGGGUACCCCCUUUCACCCCUCUUGUUUGUACUAGUCCUAGAACCGUUCUUGCAGGGAAUAAGAGACAAUCCCCUUAUCUGAGGUAUCCAAGUGGGAGACACUGCCUAUAAAACAGCUGCCUUUGCAGACGACAUGCUAUUCACAAUCACUCACCCAGCUACCUCACUGCCCCACUUAAUGGCCGAAAUGGCACAAUAUAGCAAUAUAGCUAUCGAUCUUCCUCGUGAACCUUGGCAAAUGCGAAAUCCCCCCUAACACUAAAGAACAACUUCGACAAGACUAUCCUUUCACGUGGGUGACCGAGACACUCAAAUAUCUAGGAGUGCACAUACUCCUAGAUAUGCAACAAAAACUUUCCUGACCUGAUACGAGCAAUAACCACAGACCUCAAUUUGGAACAUGCCCCAAUUUGGAUGGUUCUGCAGACUAAACAUCCUUAAAGCGGCACUGUCAUGCCGAACUUACCUUUCCUCAAUCUUUUCCUCUUCUCCCCCUCUCUCAGGAUCUGUUCUUCUUUUCUUCCUGUCUUCUUUAGUUUUCUUUAAAAUCAUAAGACAAAGUAGGGACUCUUUGCCUUAUGAAGAAUUCCUCCGCUUGACCAGCUCUGACCAGCGGAGGAGCAAAGUGUGCUUCAUUUCCGCUGGUCAGAGCACUUUUCCCAUAAUUCUUACCUUUCCUCAGUGUUCCCGCAAUGCUUCCUGUCACUUUACACUAAACUGCCGAAUUGCGUUCUAACUGAAUGAGAACAGUAUGUUCGUUUCUUUUAGAACGCAAUUCGGGUAUUUUAUUAGGAUCGCAAUUUCAUUCGAAUGAAUGAAACUCCGAUCCUAUUCGUGCUGUGGCUGCAUCUUGCAGCCGCUUAGUAGAUAACUACCUAAUUCCCACGGUAUCAGGGAGUUAUCUACUAAAAGGCUGAAAGACCUAAAUUGGUCUUUCAGCCACAUUUACUAAUACUAAGUAAAAUUAUAGUAUUAGUAAAUAAUAUACCCCUACUCACUAUACCGCGGUAGGGGCAUGUCUGUAAACAGUGAGCAGCCUGUGGCUGCUCAAAAAUAAAAAUACUAUUGGCCCCCACCCAUAAAUAGCGGGAGGGGGCCUACAGUAAAAUGGAGCCUAAUGUCCCCUGGUUCCACCCCUGCGGCUGGGUGGGGUGAUCAUACCCAUGGGGAUAAUGGGGAGGGACCUACUGUCCCCCCCCCCCCCCGGCCCACACCCCUGGGCGGCGGGUGGGGGCCCUAAGUCAAUUUCCCCCCUCCACACCAAGAUGACUAGGGGGUCCCCAAGCCCCUAGUCACCCACCCCCCCACCCAAAUAAAAAGUCCCUACCUACCCCCCUCACCCUAAAAAAAUAGUGAGGGGGAAAUAAAAUAACUAACCUGUAAAAUAAAAUUAAACUUACCAUUCAACGUCUUCUUUUUUCACAAAUCUUCAUUUUUCAGCCCCAAAAAAGGCCAAAUAAAAAACCAUCAUAACCGUUGAAUUGAAAAUAAAAUAAAAAUCCCAAACGCAAAAAAAAAAAAACAGACGAAAAAGAAAAAACCCGAGCGCAAAAAAAUAAUCCAUCUUCACCCAUGGAGGGCUCCGCGCAGAAUGACACAGAGCACUGUGAUUGGAUGGAUUUCAAGCCAUCCAAUCAGUGCUCUGUGUCAUUUUACACAGCGUGGGAAAGUUCUUUUGAAUUUUCCCACGCUGUGUAAAAUGACAAAGAGCACUCUGAUUGGCUUAAACCCACCAAUCAGAGUGUUCUUAGCCUAAAUGCAAGGCUUUAUAAGAAGAUGGAUUAUUUUUUUGUGCUCGGUUUUUUUCUUUUUCGUCUGUUUUUUUUUUUUGCGCUCAGGAUUUUUAUUUUAUUUUCAGUUCGACGGUUAUGUUGUUUUUUUAUUUGGCCUUUUUUGGGGCUGAAAAAUGAAGAUUUGAGAAAAAAGAAGACGUCGAAUGGUAAGUUUAAUUUUAUUUUACAGGUUAGUUAUUUUAUUCCCCCCUCACUAUUUUUUAGGGUGAGGGGGGUAGGUAGGGACUUUUUAUUUGGGUGGGGUGGUGGGUGACUAGGGGCUUGGGGACCCCUAGUCACCUUGGUGGGGGGGGAAAUUGACUUAAGGCCCCCACCCGCCGCCCAGAGGUGGGGGCCGGGGGGAGGGGAGGACAGUAGGUCCCGCCCCCUCAUUAUCAUUUGGCCCUCACCUGCCGCCCAGGGUUGGGGGCGGGGGGAUGACAGUAGGCCCCCCCCCUCAUUAUCUUCAUGGCCCCCACCCACCGCCCAGGGGUGGGGGCUGGAGGGGGGGUGGACAGUAGGUCCCCCCCUCAUUAUCCCCCCUCAUUAUUUUUAUGGCCCCCACCUGCCACCCAGGGUGGGGGCCGGAGGGGGGGGUGGAGAGUGGGUCCCCCCCUCAUUAUCUUCAUGGCCCCCACCCACCGCCCAGGGGUGGGAGCAGGGGGGGCAGUAGGUCCCCCCUCAUUAUUAUUAUGGCCCCCACCCACCGCCCGGGGAUGGGGGCCGGGGACAUUAGGUCUCCCCCCUUAUUUUACUUUAGGGCCUCCACCCAUCGUUUAGGGGUGGGGGCCAAUAGUAUUUUUUUAGUUUUUUUUUUUACAAUGAGCAGCCACAGGCUGCUCACUGUUUAGUGAACAUGCCCCUGCUCGCGGUAUAGCGAGUAGGGGCAUUGGGGAGAUUUUAAUUUUGGCUGAUAUUUCUAUUCACUUAUUUGUCUGUCUGAUGAAUGAAUGAAUAGAUGAAAUUCCCGUUCGCGUGUCCAGGUGUUUCACUGGGCAUGUGCGGGAAUCUCACAGUCUGUCUAAUGUGGGCUGAUGACGUGUCCCACAGGGACUUCAUCUACCCUCACAAACAUGGCGGUGCCCUGAAUAUAGAUCGGGGCAGAAAAUAAGGAAUAAAAAAUAGGUAAUGUGGGGGGCUUAGGGGCAUUUGGGCGUGACUAGGGUGUUAGUUAGAUGUAGUGGAGGCCGGAAGGGGGUUAAAAAAAAAAACAGGAUUCGGCAUGACAGUGCCACUUUAAGAUGAACGUCCUGCAACGCAUCCUCUACCUCAUACAAGUUCUACCUAUCUCGCUACCCAAGCAACUUUUCAACACUCUACGCAAGGUUUUCACCACCUUUAAAUGGGCUGCUAAGAGACCCUGACUUCCCUUUACACUACUUAAGAGACCAAAGGAAGAGGGAGGGCUGGUUCUCCCAGAUGUAGAACUAUACCACAGGGCUGCCCUGCUAGCUAGAGUAUAUGAAUGGUGUGAUCCACACAUUGACAAACAAUGGGUGAAACUGGAAGAUGCCUGCUUUCGAACCCCAAUCUAUACUAUCCCAUGGCACAAAACUAGCACAGCUCUAUAACAUCCCAUCACUCACUCUACUAUGACCCCCACACUCCACUCUGAAUGUGGGCACAUGUAAGAAACCACCACAACAUGUCCCCUUCCCCCUCUCCACUAUACCCAAUCACGUACAAUCCGCUAUUCCCUUUCUGGAGCAGAUGGCAAAACCUACAAGCAAUACCACAAAUCCCACUACUUGAUAGAGGCAGUAACCGACGGGUCUGGGGUAAAACCCCUCCACAGACUGAUUCCAGAAAACAAAAUCACAACAAUGCAAACCUUCUACUAUAACCAACUCAUACAUUUUCUGAAGAUGGGUCCCUUGGCCCAGGGCACACUAAGAGAUCCCACACCUUUCGAGCACCACUGUAUGAAAAAAAAAAAAAAAAAGAUUAUCUCCACAAUGUAUGCAUUAAUCCUCACUACACAACGUAAACACCUCCCAGCCUUCACAUUAUCCUGGGAAGCGGAGCUUAACAUCACCAUACCGCCCGAAACUUGGCGCAAAAUAUUCCGUAACAUUCAUAAAAGAAUAGGUAGGUGGUACUAUACUCCGGUAAGACUCCACUCCAUGUUCCCGCAUUCCUCCACUAGCUGCUGGAGGUGCCACCAACCCAAUGGCACAGCUUCACACGUUCGGUGGACAUGUCCAGAGAUACAGAAAUAUUGGCUAUGUAUUGCAGGUCUCAUACAAACAAUCCUGGGGGAAAGAGUGGCGCUGACCCCAAACACCUUUAUCUUCCUUCUACCCCCCAAAAAUCUCCUCAGAACAUGUACACAAUUGCUUUUACACCUGUUGACAGCAGUAAAUCAGUUGAUCCCUAUGUUCUGGAAAAAACCCAACCCCCCAUCCAUCAGGGAAUGGAUACAGAACGUAGAGAACACAAGAUGUAUGGAGGAGAUAUGCAACUCCCUGUCGGAUAAAUAUCACGUUUACACUUCCAUAUGGUCCCGAUGGUGCACAUACUUACAACACUCUACCUCGAGACCACAAGCCCAAGCUCCGCAGGGCUGGAACCCAGGGGGUUAGCUGUGAGAUCCAUCGUUAAUGAAUAAACAUACCCCAUGACUGGUUGCUUACAUGUUUAAUUUACUAUACUUAUACUAAAUUUACUUGUACUAAUUGUACCCGCUUCUGAUAUAUUGAUCGCAUACUGUUACACAACUGUAUUGUACUGAUGUCAACAGUUUACUCAUAUUUGUAAUGUGGAAUUCUGCAAAUAAAAACUUUUAAAAAAAAAUUAAUAAAUAAAAUGAAAAUCCAAUAACCCUAUAGAAAUCUCUACAGUUAUCUCCAAAUCAUGGAGACAAAUUGAAAAGUAUGCUGUGGUUAACCAGUACAGACCAGGGCAUCCUUUUGACUUUUCACAGGGCACCAUACUCACGCUCACAAUGGGGAAGCAAAUUAUGUAAUUGAGGCCAAACCAGCCAUACGAGUGUGCAAGAAUCUGUGUCCUUCUUAUGUCCUAUUUAGGUCUUUAACCGAGUUAAAUAUUUUAAUUGAAAAAAAAAAAUGCUACUUUUAAAUAAAUUAAAGAAAUCAUAGUUUAAUUCAUUUAAAAGCUUUUUCAUUCCAAAAAUAAAUCCAAAUAACACUGUGUGUUAGGUAUAGAUUGACAUUUUCAAUACCCAUUCACUAUGUUUUAAAACAUCAAUGCCGUAAAAUUUACCAGCUAAAAAGCUAAACUAAAUCUUUUGAAAAUGACAAGGCUGAUGUAUUUCCACAAUACUACUUUUUAUUUAUGUAUGCAGUGAUUUCUAUAAAAAUAUGGAAAAAGUUGACAUAUCAAUAAGCAUAAACCCUUAAUGACCCUUCAUUUGAGUGAAAAAGAACCAGUGAGAUACCGUCACAUUGUGAGUUAAAAUUAGGCAUGCACUGAAAUUAACACUGCAAUCACUAGUCUAACACUAAUGGAGAUUUUGAAGUGUGGUCUGACGCACAAUGUGGAGCAAAAUAUAGACUGGAUCUAGUUGAGCAUCAUCUUACAAAUCCAACAAUAUUCUUCCAUAGGAGUUUGCUUUGAAACUUUUCCAGUGUCACCUGUCAGUACUUGUUGCUUAGCGUUGGUGAAUACCUACUGACAUUGCUCUUGUUUUGUCUAAGGCAUGUGGGCUCCCUGAUUUAGUCUCCACGUAAGCAUCUUCCUGCACCUUUUUACAAGUAGGUAACAACAAAGCAAUCUUGUAUUCGUAUCCUUCUGUUACAAUUCCAAAUUUUUAUUCCACCAUGAAAACCGAUAAUGAGUGUUUUUGCAGGGCAGCUACUCAUUGCCUAGGAGGAUGCGUAGUUAUAUAGCUGAAAAUAAACUUGCGUCCAUCAUGUUCAGCCUUUCUCACAUGAGUUUUUGCUGUUGAUCAAAAAGAAGGGGGGGGGGAAACAGUAUGAAGUGCUUUCCAACUUUGCAACAAACUAAUAAUAAAUCACUUCUCAACCCCAGAGUGGCAGUCAGGUCUCUCCUUGAAGCUUUUACCCCACAUAUUAAAAAUGAUACCCCUAAAAAAUAAGUUUGCUUUCUGGUGCUCCCCAUCUUCUCUGUGUUGGCAUAGCUUUCCUGGUCUAACCAACACUACUUAACCCUAAGCAUCCACACCUAUACUGCACACUAGAGAAAAAAAAGUAUGAAAACCUGCAGGCAAAAUUCACAUUGUAGCCAUGUUCUUAAGCACAUAUUCAUAGAGAGCCCAAGUCCAAGAGUCCAAGAUAACCUGGAGAUGAAUGUUUACCACACCAAGAUUUCUAGUUGUGCAAGACUAGCCAUGGUCCUGAUAGACUGUUUGGAUCACUAAAUGCUGAAUGACAGGGCUGAUUGGGUUGAAUACUAAGAGGAACCACAUCAUAUGUCCCUUGCAAACCUUGGGAGAACAUUAGCUAAGUUGCCAUAACACAGAAGAAAUGUGUGCUGUAGAGUCCCUAGGUGUGUGAGUGGGGGAGGCUGUUAUAGACCAGUGCAGAUCUCUGGACUGGAACUGUUCAGAGAACUAAUCUAUACAAUGCUGCUUCUUCGACCUGUGUCACAAGGUGGAAGAUGAGUGCAGCAUUUCUCAUAUACCAUGUACACAGAGUACUUAGAAGACCCAUGAGCUAACCAUUCUUUAUACUCCCAAUGCAUAGCCCAGCCCUUAUCAUUGGCUGUGCUUCUGAACUGAGACAGUUAUUCCUUGUGCUUGAACUUUAUUUUGUAAAUAAAGCCAAUUUCAUCUUAAAUGUUGUUUUUUCCAGCCUAUGGUACCAUUAUGAGUAUGAAGCCAGUAAUUAUGCCUUUUCUAAAGAAAUGUUUAAUAUACUUACCUCAAGGGGGUGGCUAUGGUUUAUAAUUAUAGUUUACCUUUUAUAGGUCUUUGGUAAAGUUUGAGCCAUGUGUGGCUUCUAAUGUUUCCUGGUUGGUUACUGGAUAUAUGUGGCAAAGUUAGUUUGUACCAUGCAAAGCUAUGACACUGAUUUCCAUUUACUAUACAGGAGUGUCAUCAAUUGGAGCAUCCACAGCAAGUACCCGGAGAACAAGUAUGAGGCUUAUGCGGUCAGUUUGAAUGGGAAGAUCCAUUAGCCAGUUGCAAGUGAAAGAGCAUGGUAAAUGAACCCAAAACGGUAAGUAAAGGGAAUAAUCCAGUAAUCAUUGUCUAAACCUUUAACCAUAAGUAUAAUUACCAAAAUUUCAAAUGGAGGGUUGAAGAAAUAUCUGAUAACUUAAUCCAAAUAAGCAAGUUGAGUCGAUACCGGAUGGACCAGCAUAUGGUGAGUGUGGGGUAAUCCAAUAAACACUGUCCAUAAACAAAGCCAUAUUCAAGAUAUAAAAGUUCAAUCAACAAAGAAAAGGGACUUUUCAAUUAUGUAUUCUUAAAAGUGAUACUGAGACAGAGUAGUGGGGUCAACUGGUGGGAAAUACAAAAGUAUAGUUCUUAACCAAAUGCUGUCGAUUUGAAACCAUAUGGUGAGCAUAUGAGGUAAUCUAGUAAGCACAGUCCUUAAACAAAUCCAAAUGUCCAGAUAUCAAAAGUUCUAGCAACAAAGAAGAGCGAGAGGUUCUAUUAAUGUAGUCCUAUACAUGAGUGUGUGUGUGUGUGUAUGUAAUAAUUAUGCAUGAGAAUGUGUGUCUUCGUGAGAAUUUUAUGUAUGUGUAUGAGAAUAUGAAUGUGUGUGUGUAUAUGUGUGUGUGUGUGUGUGUGUGUGUGUGUGUGUAUAUAUAUAUAUAUAUAUAAGAGAGAGAGAGAUCGAUAUACAUAUUUUUUAGAUUAGGGUAAAGGCACACUUUACAAAUUCUACACCUACAGGUGCAUGAAAGAGUUACUUUAAGAACCAAGUCCACAUGCUUUGAAGUGAUCAUGGUGCUUAGAGUCUCUGUAUGUACCAAUGUUUUUAAUUUGAAAUGCUCUACAUAAAGAGUUAAAGCCCUUUGUUGCCAGAUGUAUAAUUCCUCUCUGCACAGGUUAAUGACACUUCCAAAGGUGAAUUAGAGUUCUGGGCUGGCUAAUGCUAAUUAGAUGUAUACUUGUUGUGGCAAAACCGACCUCGCCACUGGGCAUUGGAGAAGACUGAUUGCCCGCCUCCUGCAAUGUGACUAUGGCCCCUGGGAUGUAUUGCUGUUUAAAGACAUGAUUUGGGCAUAAGGGAUUUGUGUUGUGCUGCUGUUGGCCCUUUAAGAACCACCUGGGGACAUACUGUGGAGUUACUAGGUGGCCACCAUUUCCUGUAUCAGAGGCACAUGGUGAGAACAGUGGAUGAAGCACAUGAUGAGAACAAUGGAUGGCGGCCAUUUUAACUCACAGACACUGUUUGGACUUUUCAACACGGUGCCGUCUCGCCAGUAUUUGGUGCACAGAGACAUUGUGCAGUGGUUUUGGACUAUACAGCAGGGGACACAUUAUACAGUGAUUAUUUUUCAUUUAGCUUGUAUAUGUUCUGCAGAAUCUGCAUUAAACUGUAUCUUCCAAAGUACUGAAUGGAUCUGGGUGAAUUUUGGAUAUGUGGUUUAUGGGGUUAUUGCAUGUUUUGGGGUCUCUGUGAUGUGUUUUAUGAAACUGUCUCUGUCUGUGAUAAUUAGAUUACCCAUUGUGUAAGGUAAUUGUAUCACAGGCAGAGGGGAGGAUUUUGUGUGGGAGUGUCUUUCUGUAAUGUACGUGUGUUAUUGGUUGUUCUGUAAAACCCUGUGGGCAGUACUAAGUUUGUGGAUUGGGAAUAAAAGAGGCUGUAUGUGCCAGUCCAGUCAGUUCCUGCUUAACCCUCAAAGUGAAGUGUCGUCUCAUUAUUGGGGGAGGAUUUAUUGUAUGCUGUUCCAGUUUGACUGCUAGGAGUGUAAACCUAUUUGCAUGUUUUUUUCCUAUUUAGCUGUAUACAACAUUCAUAUGCUUGAGAGCAUUCAUAUGCUCCUACGGUUCGGUGGUUUUGGUGUCUGCUGCAGUGCUUGGAGUCCUCAGGAAGUGCUAGGAGCAUCCUUCAACGGAGGUACCCAGUCAGGGUGCCAGGUGAUCCAUUACACUUGUCAACUGUUUUUGGCAUGCAAAGCAUGAUGGUAACAGAUAACCAAUAUUGGCAAUAGUCCUCCACUCAAUUAUCCAGUAAAGGGGUAUGACAGAGGUUAAGGGCAAGGAGAACUUGUCAUUGUUGUGGGAUAGAAAGGUGAGUUUGUUCUUUUUUUAUAUUUUAACAGGUGGGGCUGAAUCAUGUCAGCAAGGGUUAUUCCAUCCAAUACAUUAAAACACUGUUUUUGGUUAGAGAAACCCUUUAAAAGUAAAUCUAACAAUCAAUAAAAACAUACAUGCAUCUAUUUAAUCUCAUUGAGAAGCUUCUGGUUUUGAGCCACAAGUUCACGCGCAUGGCUUUCCAAAUCAUUGAUUUAGCAUAAAGCUGUAGCACUCCUCUCUCAUUUAGACGGAUAAGUAUCGUUGUAUAGCUGUGUGUAACUGUGCAGUGCUCUCCGAUGGUGGCUGUUUAGUAACCUGGGGUAACUCCUACCCAGGGAGAAGGAUAUUGGCCAUAGAAGUAAGAACAGGAUAUGUAUACCGGACCUAAGAGUGGCUGGAUUUAACGUAUGCCUAAAAAGGUGAGAAAUUUUAGAAAUAAAGGAUUCCUAGGUCAAGGAAUACAGAGGCACACAAGAACGAGAAAACAAGCCAAGGUCAAAGGGAUACAGAGAGACAGACUAGUCAAAAUAUGAAACCGGGUCAGCAACCGGAAAAACAUAAUAUUAAAAAAACGCACUCUCAGACUAACAAGAACCAUGACAGGGCAAUGAUUCCCAGCUAGGGGGGAACUUAUACAUGGCUAGAAAGAAUACUAUUGGACACCAUCACCCUGCACCAGGACACACAAAGGUGUGCAGGGCAGACAAAGACAAAUAUGUCAACAAAUGACAUCACUAAAAGGUGAGUAUAAAGUGUAACACCCACAGGGUCCUGUAUUUUUGAAGGAUGCCUGUAGGUGGUGUGAGGUUGCAAUGGAAAUCAGGCAACCUCGCAGAUAGUCUAGAGCUGUCUGCACUUCCAUGGAGAGAAUGCCACGUGACCUUUGUGCUGUCGAUACUAAGAUAUGUAACAGGGUUGAUAUUCCAGGAGGGAUAAGCCAAAUGGCAAAUGAUUUAGGUAAACAGAAAGAAGAUGGGCUUUAGCUUUGUAUAAGGGGGUUGAGACGGGGGGAGGGGGAAGCUCAGAACAGAAAAGGUAUGUAAUGUUGAUGAUUCACAAAAAGUACAAGUGUCUCAUGGUAUUAAAUGUAUGCUUUCUAAUGCAAGGAGCCUAAAAAACAAAAUGGGGGAACUUGAGGCAAUAGCAUACACAAAACAAUAUGACAUAAUAGGCAUAACUGAAACAUGGUGGGAUGAGACACAUGAUUGGGCAAUUUAAAAAAAAACUUUAAAUGGGUACACACUAUUUAGGAAGGAUAGGAAAAACAAGAAGGGUGGUGGGGUAUGUUUGUAUGUCAACCCUGAGUUAAAGCCAAAUCUUAAGCAAGUGGAAUGUGAUGAGGAAAAUGGAAGCUUUAUGGGUAAAUAUCUGCUUGGGGCUAAAGAAGGGAAAUCAACUAUUGGUUGGGAUAUGUUAUAAACCACAUAAUGUUAAUAUUGAUGAGGAACAACAGCUGUCUGAGCAAAUUGAGAAAGCUGCAAAUCUUGGUAACACUUUAAUUAUUGGAGAUUUUAAUUAUUCAGAUAUAAAUUGGGACAGAGCGACUAGUAGCGCAGCAAAGGGAAUUAGGUUUUUUAACUUGUUAAAUGACACCUUCAUGUCACAACUUGUACAAGCACCAACUAGAAAGGACGUUUGUCUGGACCUGGUUCUAACAAACAAUAUUGAUCUUUUGACUAACAUUCAAGUAGGUGAGCACUUGGGAAAUAGUGAUCACGAUAUAGUGUCCUUUGAAAUAAACAAAAAAAAAUCCAAAAGCACAUGGGGUAUACUAAAACAUAUAAUUUAAAAAAAUCUAAUUUCUAUAAAUUAAGGGCAGUCUUACAAUAUAUUGACUGCCAUAAACUCUUUAGUAAAAAGAACACUGAGGAUAAAUGGAACAUCUUCCAACAAAUAUUAGAAAGGUAAAUUUCUCAGUAUGUACCAUUAGGUAAUAUAAAAGAAACAAAUUGAAACCAAUGUGGCUUAGUAGAGAAGUAAAACGAGAUUAAAAAUAAGAAAAGGGCAUUUAAAGUAUUUAAAUCGGCCAAAUCAGUUGCUUCCUAUAAAAGAUAUAAGGAAGCCAAUAAUGCAUGCAAAAAGGCUAUUAGAUUCGCUAAACCUCAAAAUGAAAAAAGGGAUAGCCAAAGAGAGCAAAACCAACCCCAAAGCAUUUUUUAAGUACGUAAAUUCUAAAAAAACAACAAAAGAUAAAAGUGUAGGUACACUAAAAACUGGAAUGGGGGUGUGAUUAGGAAAAGGCAGAAAUUUUAAAUAACUAUUUCUCAUCCGUAUAUAUUAAGGAAGAACCCAUGGCAAUAGAUGUGCAAAUGAAUGAUGCUAAAAACUUGCAGAAAAAUUGUAAUUGGUUAACUCAAGACAAGGUGCUGCAGCAAUUAAAGAAAAUUAAUAUAAACAAAGCUCCAGUGCCUGAUAUUAUUCAUCCACGAGUACUUAACCACUUGGUGACCAGGCUGUUUUUCAAUUUUCUUACCGUUAAGGACCAGGGCUCUUUUUACAUUUCUGCGGUGUUUGUGUUUAGCUGUAAUUUUUCUCUUACUCAUUUACUGUACCCACACAUAUUAUAUACUGUUUUUCUUGCCAUUAAAUGGUCUUUCUAAACAUACCAUUAUUUUCAUCAUAAAUUUACUAUAAAAAAAAUAAAAUAUAAUGAAAAAAUUUAAAAUAACACACUUUUUUGAACUUUGACCCCCAAAAUCUGUUGCGCAUGUACAAAUGCCAAAAAACACCCAUGCUAAAUAGUUUCAAAAUUUUGUCCUGAGUUUAGAAAUGCCUUAUGUUAACAUGUUCUUAGCUUUUUUGGAAAGUUAUAGAGCUAUAAGUACAAGUAGCACUUUGCUAUUUCCAAACCAAUCUUUUUCAAAAUUAACGUUGCAUUGUAACACUGAUAUCUGUCAGGAAUCCCUGAAUAACCCUUCACAUGUAUAUAUUUUUUAAAUGAAGACAACCUAAGGUAUUAAACUUGGGGUAUUUUGAAUCUUUUUAUGCAACCAUUUUACCACCAGUCGAUGCCAAAUAAAAAAUAAAAAAAAAUAAUUGGUAAUUUUUUUGAUACACAUAGCAAUUUAAGAAUACAUGGACUGAGAACAUUAAGGGUUACUGCCAAAGAACACCCAAAUAUGUGUUCAGCAACAUCUCCGGAGUACAGCAAUACCAUCCAGGUAUAGGUGUGUCGAGUUCUCUGGGGGAUAAAAGACCUUAUUUGGAGGGUGCGCAUUCCAGUUUUCCAACUUGGAAUUUUCACAGUUAGUCCUCAUGCACCCAUGUCCCAUUUGGGACAUUUUUGAAGCUGGCCAAUGUAAUUUACGCCCAUCAUACCACAUAUUUUUGAAAAGUAGACACCCUAGGCUAUUUCAAAUGGUGGUAUUUUAACACUUUCCGUGCCCUAAUUCUACCACCAGUCUCUGCCAAACGUUUCAGUAGUAAUUUUUUUGUUAUUUUUCACACACAUUCUAAUUUAGGCAUGGAUUCUCAGUUCCUGUUAGGUGUAACUGCCAAAGAACACUCCAAUAUGUGUUCAGCAACAUCUCAUGAGUACAGCGAUACCACCCAUGUAUAGGUGUGUCGGGUUCUCUGGGGGCUAAAUGCGUUAUUUGGAGGGUGUGCAUUCCAGUUUUCCAACUUCGAAUUUUCACAGCUGGUCAUCAUGCACCCAUGUCCCAUAUGGGACAUUUUUGAAGCCAGCCAAUGUCAUUUACCCGCAUCAAACCAUAUGUUUUUGAAAAGUAGACACCCUAAAGAGAGAAGCAGAGUCAAUUAUGACAGCCAAUGUUUGUGUUCAAUGGCUGUGACAUUGUAUCUGUGAUUGCGGUGAUUGGCUGUCACCAUGAUGACGUGACUAGAACCAAGGUGAUUUUGUUUUCCAAGCAAAUCUCCUGAAUGGAUCAGUUGUAGUAAGUAUGCCUGCAGUAACAUUGGGGGGCAAGGAUGUCAGGAUGUGCCAUUACACUCUAAUGCCAUUAAAGACCAAGAUCAGUAUUAAAGUUCAAUUAAUAGAGCAGGAGAUAACUAAACAAACACACUGUGCUCUAAGAUAUGAUGGAAAAUUAUUUUUUUCUGUGUGAGUCACUGCCAGGAAAAGCAUGACUAGGGCUGUAUAAACAGAGUAAUAUAGUAUAGUAAAAUAGUGAAUGAGUGAGUGCACUGGGUCUUGUAUGUUGUAUGAAUUGGCCCCAGCAGAACUCCUAUAAUGUAUGCAUGUUCAGGUGAGUGUAGCCAUCCCUCUUGGUUUCAUACAUAGUUAUAUUUGGGAGUCCAAGCCAAUUCCUUUGGAUUUGCAUCCCUUCCUGUCAAGGUGCCUCAUUUCAGGACCCUAUUUAACCUUGCACUGCAGAGAGUUGCAGAAGAAAGGAUGUCCCAAAUGUGUAGGCAUUAGGUUUCUAGCAUAGGACCUGCCAAUAAUGGGAUAUAUUGGCAUUGUGGAAGGCUUGUGCAAAGUAUGAUCAUAUACUGGAACUAAACCCACUUUGAAAUUGCUGUUUAGUGAUGAGUGAGUGCGCUGGAUCUUGUAUGUUGUUCUAAGUAGAAGAUACUUAAGGAGUGAGACAGCAGGGGCAUGAUCUAUUCACCAAAACUGCUUCAUUACAGGAAAGUUGUACUGGUGCUUACAGUAUUCUUUUAACACAAGAGGUAGGCAACAUAGCUAGAGAUGUGCUUGCUGAUGAUGAUUUAACAAUAUUUGAAACUGUGGAAAUAGCCGUUUUGUAAAAACAAAGUAGCACUUUGUCAUCACUAUCUCUUUACGAUAUAACAUUACAUUUUUGUUUCACAGUUAGAAAAUGAUUAUAUUUUCUUUUUAUACAUACAGGAUAUCUCACGAUUGCUCAUCUGAAAAUGGACUACAAAUAAACCAAAAGGAGCAGUGAUUUCUUGAACGUCCAUUGGAUAAACAAAUGUAAAAGAGGAAAGGAAAGCAUUUGGCUAAAGAGUUGCUCAGAACCAGCCUACAUAUUAUUUUCCUGCAUUGAAUGAGUCAAGCAUUUAAAUAGUUGGCAAUUGAAAAAAUGGAUUAACAGUAUGGAAAAAUACAUUUAACAGUUUCUCAUUUAUGAAAUAAUGCAAGAAAUGACUCAUAAAUGACUACACAGACAAAUGUGAAAAUUGCAACUAUUUAACCAAAAAAGUAUGGAUACAGUUCAAAACAACCCAGUGUGUUGCUAUUGGGACAAACCUAUUUAUCACAACGUGAUUUCUCUUUCUCCAUAAUUAUAUGUAGUAUGCAUUGAAAAUGCUAAAGAAAAACACUUCAAACUGCACUUUUCUAAUUUGGGGCACAUAGUCAUACAUUAGUAAAUGGGAAUUGGGUUUGAUAAUCAUAUACAUAGAAUAUAUUCCUCAGAUCAUUCUAAUAAAUAAACAAAUCAUAAAGAAAUGUGUAAUUUAGAAAUACCUUCAUAUACAAUACUAAUUUUAUUCUGACAUUCAUCAUAUCAUAUCAAUAAGAAAAUUCAUAAAUUGUUGUUUAAUAUGAAAAAGCAUUUAUUUGUUUAGAAAUGUUAGCUGACUAACAGACUAACCGACUAAUGGAUCAUGGCUCUAAAGUUAAUAAGAUCCACUCUUUUUGUAACCGCUUCCAUAUUCUCUCUAUUACUUAUUGAUCCAUCUCUCUGCAAUUAUUCUGACUUGUUGGUACUGACAGAAACUGUGGCACAUCAUCACACAGUACAUGAUUUCACUCCUAACUUCAGGCAGAAAAACAAUCUUUUUCAUCCAAGUUUAUAUUUCGAUAAGGCAGACGUGCAAGGGCUAAGACAGAAAUCACAUACCAGCCAUUCACAUUUAUUUAGGACAAUUAGAAAUGCAGUCAAUAAAAUGCUAUCAAAUCCGUCUUUCUACCUGCCUCCACAAAAGCAUGCCGAUUUUACAUCCAAAUGGAAUGAGAUUUAUGGAAAUAAUUUACCUCCACUCUCACUGUAUUGUCUUCUAUCUCCAGAUGAUAAAAGCGCACUUUCUUUUGCAGUCGAGUAUAUGGAUAGAAUGGUGAAUUAUAAGGACUGGUUAGUUGUCAGUGCUCCGGGGGAUGAAGUACCACUUGGACAUUCAUUAACAGGCUUUUCUACGGCAUUCGAUUUUUUAUACUUGUUACUAGACAAUAAUAGAAGACAAACUUAUUUAAAGAAAAUUUACAGUGUCACCGAAGAGAUGUAUGAAUAUUCUAAAGUUCGUUCAUGGGGGAAACAAUUUCUCCAUAACCACCAAGCCACCAACAUGUUAGCCCUGCUCACUGGGGCUCUUGUUAUAAAUUCUUAUAAUGAAUUUCAAUCAAAUAUUUGGAAACAAUUAGUUAUUGAUGUGAUGGAAAAGACAAUGUUUCUCCUGAAUCAUGUUGUAGAUGGAUCUUUAGAUGAAGGUGUCGCAUAUGGAAGCUACACCUCUAAAUCAAUUACACAAUAUGCUUUCUUAGCAAAGCGUCACUUUGGUAUUAAUCAUUUUGACAACAAUUGGCUGAAAAUGCACUACUGGUUUUAUUAUUCUACUCUUUUGCCUGGAUUUCAGAGAAGUGUUGGGAUAGCAGAUUCUAACUACAACUGGUUUUAUGGUCCAGAAAGUCAGUUAGUAUUUUUAGAUUCGUUUAUUCUCCAGAAUGGAGCUGGAAAUUGGUUAGCAUCUCAAAUCAGAAAACACAGGCCAAAAGAUGGACCAAUGGUACAGUCUGCAUCACAACGGUGGAGCACACUUCACACAGAAUAUUUAUGGUAUAAUCCAGAGCUUAUAUCUCAUCCACCCUCUGGUCAUGGUGUACCAAAAUUGCAUGUUUUUCCUAAUUGGGGAGUUGUAACUUAUGGAGGUGGUUUACCAAACACACAGACCAACACAUUCUUUUCCUUUAAAUCUGGAAAGCUUGGAGGACGUGCAGUUUAUGAUAUUGUUCAUUUUCAGCCAUACUCAUGGAUUGAUGGCUGGAGAAGUUUCAAUCCAGGACAUGAACAUCCAGAUCAAAAUUCAUUCACCUUUGCUCCUAAUGGUCAGGUAUUUGUUUCAGAAGCACUGUAUGGACCAAAAUUUAGUCAUUUGAAUAAUGUACUCGUGUUUGCUCCUUCCCCUACUAGCCAGUGCAAUAAACCUUGGGAAGGCCAACUUGGAGAAUGUUCACACUGGCUAAAAUGGACAACAAAUGGUUCUGGCGAGGCAGCUGGGGAGAUAAUAACAGCAAGUCAGCAAGGAGAAAUGGUGUUUGUAAGCGGUGAGGCUGUUUCUGCCUACUCAUCUUCCAUGAAGCUAAAAAGUGUUUAUCGUGGGUUGUUACUACUUAAUCAUCAAACUCUUUUAGUAGUUGAUCAUAUAGAAAAGGACAUAGAUUCUCCAGUCUCUUUAGUUAGUGCCUUUUUCCACAAUCUUGAUAUUGAUUUCAAAUAUGUUCCUUUCAGGUUUUUAAACAAAUUUAGUGGUGCCAUGAUGGACAUAUGGGAUGCUCAUUACAAAAUGUUUUGGUUAGACCAAAAUGGUAAUAGCCCAGCUCCCAAAAUACAAGAAGCAGAGCAAGCUGCUGAGUUUAAAAAGCGCUGGACCCAAUAUGUAAAUAUUACCUUUCAAUUAAACCAAAGAAUAUCUAGAAUUGCAUAUUUGUUUCAUGGUCCAUAUGUUAAUGUGUCACAUUUGAAAUUCUUAGAUGAUAGCAAACUUGGAGUUAAACUUUCUGUAAAUAUUAACAAUUCUGACAAUAUUGUUACAUUGGUGACCGAGUAUAACAAUUUAGAUACUCGCUUUAAGUUUCUUGGAUUUGGUGGAUACGCAAAAGUAGAAGAACAGGACAAAAUAGUACGAUUUGGUUUAGGAGUUGAGCAUGUUGAAAAAAAUAAGGUUACCACUAUGAAUGUAUUUAACUUUGGAUUUAAACUCUAUGUGAUCAUAGGCUUAAUUUUAAGUAUAAGUUUAGGAAUUUUAGCAUUUCACUUGAGGUUCUAUAUUUCUUUUGGAAAGUUGAUGCGCUGGGUUUUAGUUUUUAUCAUAACUCUGUGGUUUUUUGAGUUAUUGGAUGUGUGGAGUUCAUGUACUCAACCAAUUUGUGGGAAGUGGAACCAUGAAUUACCCAACACACAGAAUAAGAACGAUGAAAGAGAUGCUAUAGAGCCACCAAUAGUAGUAAUUACCUCUCUGCCUGGUUCAGGAGCUGAAAUCUUAAAACAGCUGUUUUUCAACAGUACCGAUUUUCUAUAUAUUAAGGUCCCUACUACUUACAUUGACAUUCCCGAGGGAGAGUUUAAAAUUGAUUCCUUUUUCGAUGCAUGUGAAUGGAGUAGUUCUGAUGUAGAUGAUGGACAUUUUCAACUAAUUCAAGGCUGGCUUCGGUCACUUCUACAAAAUACAAAACUGCACCUGCAGAAUAUUGAUUUAAAUGAACCAAACAAACCAAAACUUUUUCAUCGUGUUACCAUUGGCAAAGAUAUUAAUAGAAGAAUUAAAAGACGAGAUACAAUUUUAGAGCAAAAAAACAGAUUUAAAGUAAAGUAUGACAGAGAUGCUGAUAAUGUCAGACAACUUCGCAAGCACUUGGUAACAUUUCCAAAUGUGCAACCAGUACUAGGUUUAAGCAGUGGAAGCUGGACAUUAAAACUUCCAUUUUUACAGAAAAUUGUUGGACCUUCCUUCAGGGCAUUGUAUGUUGUUCGAGAUCCUCGUUCCUGGGUUUAUUCAUUGUUGUAUAAAAGUAAGCCAAAUUUAUUUUCGCAGUGGAAUGUUAAAAAGCAUUUAUCUGUAAUCUUCAAAGAAGAUACAAAACAGAAAUGUGUCUCUCAUAUAGGGUAUGCCUCUGAAUUUGAGUCUUUAAAAGAGGAACUUUCAAAUUCAAAAUCCAAUGAUAUAUCCAAACUGUCCCAUUUAUGGUUGUCCAACACAGCAGCAUCAAUCAGAAUAAAUAAAAAUUCAUCAACUAAAAAUUAUCAGUUGAUUAAAUUUGAAGACAUUGUAAACUUUCCAGAAAAAGCUGCAGAAGGAAUUUAUAAUUUUUUUGGCAUACCUCUUUCUCCCGCAAGUUUAAAUCAAAUAAUGUUUGCAAGUUCCACUAAUUUAUUUUAUCUUCCACAUGAAGGAGAGAUUUCAUCAUCAAGCAUAAAUACAUGGAAAUUAAAUAUGCCUAUAGAAGAAAUAAAACUAAUAGAGGACAUUUGUUUGACAUUAAUGGAUGAACUUGGAUAUUCAAAGUUUACAGAGUGAGGCAUUGUUGCAAAUACUGUUAAAGGGAAAUUCCACGGUCAUUUUGUCACCUUUUUAAGCAUUAAUGUAUAUAUUUUAACACUAUGUUAAUUUAUGUUUUACCAUAUGGAAAUGAGUGAUAAAUGGGUUGAUAUAAUCUCACCUGCUUCUUUGUUGAAGAUGAUGUCAUCAAAAAGGUUCACCGCUCAGAUAUUUGCUGCAUGAAAUUGUCCUUCUUAGUGAAGCAUAAUGUUUUAAUACAUUUUUGUAAAGGGACACUAUAGUCACCAGAACAACUGUAGCUUAUUGUAUUUGUUCUGGUGAGUUCAGUCAGUUCCUUCAGGCUUUUUGCAGUAGGCAGUGUGUUUUCAGAGAAAAGGCAGUGUUUACAUUACAGCCUAUGGACAACUCCAGUGGUCACUUCUCAGAUGGUUACUAGAGGUGCUUCCUGGGCCCCUCAGCAUGGAGACACUGCACUUUCCUCAUAGAGAUGCAUUGAGGAGAUGCUGAUUGGCAAGGGUGGUGUUUGGCUCCUUCCCCCAAACACUCUAUGGGAAAGCAUUGUGAUUGGCUGAGAUCAUCACAUCUGAUAAUAUCAGCCACUGAGACAGCACCAGCAGAUUGUAAGAUUUGACUAUAUUUACGGGGCAACGAGGGUCAGGAGGGCUAGAUAGUGUUUUUAACACUAUUGGGUCAGGAAUACAUGUUUGUGUUCCAGACCCUAUAGUGUUCCUUUAAUACAUUGCACGUACUCAUAUAUAUAUAUAUAUAUAUAUAUAUAUAUAUAUGUCAGCCAGUCUAUGAUCUCUCAUUAAUUAUUGUGGGAGGGACAUUAUACAUGUGAGAGGGACACUUAAUUGAGCUGGUGGAGUGGAGGGAAAAAUGAACACUUACUUGCAAAUUUGCUUUGUAAUAUUCUUUUCAAUGAUUAUCGAAAAAUAUUCAUUGUGUGUUCUUCUAAGUCACUUUAAAUUAAGGUAUAUACAUAAAUUCGUAAUGUCAGUAAGGAAUUUAUUAGCAGAGAUCCUAAAGGCUGCUGGCCAGCAAUUGUUUGCACUAAAGAAUUUAGUAUCUGUUAUGGAUCAUAAUCAGAAUAUAGAACUAGAAUGUUUAUUCUUUUACAUGGUAUGUAAAGUUAUUUUUAAGAGAGAAUAUUUUAAACCUAGGCUUUUUUAAAUAAUGUUAAAUAAUUGUACCUUAUUACGUAAUUGUCAAUUCAGUUAAAAACGUUCUUCGAAAACAUUAUAUAGUGUAUGUGAAGUGUGUCUUAUGUUCUCAUGUACAAAUUUUAACAGAUGCAGUUAUUUUUUUCUGUCUUUUUCUGUUGCUGUAAAUUAUAUUUGUAUGUGUUCUUCUGUGUAUCACAAACCAGGGAUCUCAAAUUGCAAAUACCACUUUAAAGUGCAGUUUUCUUAGAAUUGUCCACUACAAGACAUCUUCAUUAUUGUCUGAGUACUUGAAUGUGUAAUGUGAGGGAAAUUAUGCUGUGUUAAAAAAUUAUUAGAGCAAGCUUUUUGAGACCCUAACGAUAGGUAGGGGGCUUUGUCACUCAUUGUAAGUAGAUGUAUAAAUUGGCACAUUUUUAAAGGGAAUUAUUCUGCAUUAAAUCUUCGAUCUAUACAGUCAAUCAUCUGAAAUAUAUAAAAUCACAUUUCCAAUAAUUAUACCGUGAUAUGAACAAAGAGUACUAUUCCAUUCAGGCACAUUUUACUGAUUCUGUUUAUAAAGUAGUGUAGAACAUAAUUUAUUGGAGAGGAAACUGUUUGUUUAUAAAGCGUUACCCAACUUUUUUCGCAUAAAGCGUGAUUUUUUUUUUUUGUUUGUUAUAGUCUCAAGAAAUAAAUGUACCACAGACAUGCUUUUCAAGACAAUCAAAAUAACCGCUACCAGAAAACAGUUUUGCCUUUGUUAACUAAAUAGUGAAUUGUAACGAAAGAACUGAAUUGCAAAUUUAGUCUAAAAUAUCCAAGCUGUAUAGCAGAAUUGGAGAAAUUUUCUAAACAUGCACUUUUUUGCCUAAAUUUUGCAAAUCUACUUUUAAUUCACUAAAUUUUUUUAUUGUUUAUUGAAUAAAGCUCUGCAUUUAUAAUUUAAUUUGUAUACAGGAUCUAAUAAAGUUAAAAUUACAUAUCAGGGCACAAUAUGCAUAUUUUUGAAUGGUGUACAUUAGAUUUGUAAGAGUUUUAAAAUUAUAUUAUGUUGUGUAUCAUAUUUAUUUAGGAACAACUUGAUCAAUAAAAAACAAAAAUAAAGUACAAUUUAUGAGUUUCACCUAUCAUUUCCAAUAUUCU